UUACCGUAUAUAUGUGUGGCAUAUAUACAUGUAAUGGUUAGAAUAUUCUCAAUAUGCAUUAUAUAUAGUCUGCAUUUGCUUACUGCAAUUGCUAACUGCUGAGGUAUUACAAAAGCUGCGAAGCGGCCAGAGUUGAACUGCUGUAAAUUAUGCCUCAGUUUAUAUAUAUGGGGGCGAGCUAGCCAUUGGGUAUAAUACCCAAGCUGGCCCCGCGGUAUAGAUGAGAUUACACCUUUGUUAUUACUUCCUACUAAGUCUCAUAUAUUAUUUUGUGUUUAUAAUGGGAACUGACCUGCCUAAGCAAGAUCCUGUCUCGACUGAUCCGAUAUCUUGCAAAUUUCCAAUAUAAACACAGUGACUAGGACUGGAUCAGACUCAACCUCGUUCCCAGGCUCUUUGCUCUUGGGAAGCAAAGACCCUGGUCGGAGCUGGUCACGUGACCCAUAGAAAAUUGAUAGCCCAAGAGGGGGAUGGAAAAGUCUCAUAUUACAUGUUUCCAUUUCCGCACUUCGCACUUCGAUUGCAAGGAGUGGCCGUUCUGUACAAUCAUCUAAUUCAUCUUCGAGAAUCAUAUAUACCUCAAACUACUUGCUAAAUUGGUUUCUGUUUGCUUUUAAAUUAUACAAACAUGCUAAAAUGCAGAUUCUUCUCUAAAAUUCAGGAAAUCAAGCAACGAGAACGUAUGACUGUACGCUUUGAAAUAUUUUUAUUUUCUCGGGGUUCGCCGGUUCGGGCGUAGUUUCAUUUCACGCGUGCGUUUCUGUUCUGGCUCUGAUUUUUAUAAUAUGCUUAUAAUAUGCCAAUGAAUUGUUCUAAUAUGGACACGGUAUAAAUUUUGUUAAACAGAUGUCUCAAAAGCGACUGUUUAUAGGUCAUAGGAUUAGCGCCUUGCCGGUCUUAAAGUACGUGACACAUUUGGACACAAGCCAAAUACACAUUGAAUGUCCAUUCUAUUGAUUCUAAAACUGUUUAUAGACAUAUUGCUCUAGAUUUUUUUUAAAAGGUUAUCAUCGUUUAUGUUAAACACCAGGAAGACAAAAUAUAACGUACAAAAUUGUUUGAAAUCGACAGUGCACAGCUGACAUACGACAAUUCACAACUGCAUGAAUUUCCUUUUUUGUCGAUCUGCACGAGUACCUGUUUAUUGAAGCCAAAAUAUUGCACAGCAUCUCCUAUAAAUUCUAUCGCCAUUUACCCUCUCCCCUUAAAUGCAAAGGAAUGACAGCAGAAAAGGUUUAGCAAAGUAUUUUUUAUUACAUCUGGUAUAAACUAUAAAGUGUCCUACGUUUUAUCAGGAUAUACAUAAUUCAUAAACUGUAUAUGCACACGAAGUCUCGCUUAUAUUAAUGAGUUUUACUGUAACAAACCUUUUAAAGUUUCCAUUGAUAGAUAGGUUGUUUGCCUCCAGUAUUGUUUGGUAAAACAGACUAAACUUCUAAAAUGUCGGUUACGGAAUACGAUAAAGAUUAAAGUUGAUUUAAAUAUUGAUAACUCACAGCGGCAUUAAUCCAUUAUACAAGUCUAAAGAAGCUGGAUUAUUCUUCAAUAAAGCCCUCAAUGGACAAUGCCAAUGUCAAUGAAAGGUCUAAUAUUAUACACGUUGCAAAUUACUGUAUACACAAAAUAUGAAAUAAUUUAUAUAAAGUACAAUACCAGUGUCUGAUGCAUAUAUCGUCCUAGAUAUUCAAGUUGUACCGCACGCACGGAAACGCACGGAGGAGUCUUGGCGUUUGUGUGAUAACAGAUGCUAGCUACACUUCGACAUUAUCUUUCUUGAUCGUUGAGUUUCAGCAAUGUAAAUGAAAUGAAUUUUAUAGCCAGUCCAUAACGGGUUUUAAUCCUGUGCUUUUACAGUCAAAAUAGCACUAUUGUUUACACAUGUUGGCGAUGUUUGGGAAAUCAAAGGAUCCCGUUAGAAAAUAAAUCUUCUGUUUUCAAUAUCGGACAGGAUAGGCUACACUUCAACUAUAAAGAACCAUAUCGUUCGUUUAAUACCGUUUGAUCGAUCAUUCUGUGUAGAAGAUAUGUAUGUUUCUACGGCGAUACGUGCUAAUUUCGCAAGCCAGGUGCGGGAGUGCUUUCCUUGCAAGUGAAAUAUGAUCCAGCUUCUCGCUUGAAAUGUACCGCAACACUUAUUAUUGAUGACAUUCAGUACAGCAGGAAGUCUUGUCAUGAUCGGUACAAUUUAAAAAAGUUCCUUUCACAAUCUUUUGUUGCAAAUUACAUUUUUAUCACCCGAAAUUACAACACAUAAAGUUGCAAUUUUCCAAACGCAACAAACAGACUACUCUACUACCCCUCCCUGAGAUCAAAUUCAAUUUACCCCCAAAAUCUGGGGGUUCACGUGACCAGCUCCGACCAGGGUCUUUGCUUCCCAAGAGCAAAGAGCCUGGGAACGAGGUUGCGUAUGAGUUAGUAUCCCGCAAAAUAUAUCAGCCAGAGAUACCUAUUUUACCUUAAAAUGUUAAAAUAAAUCUAUGUUUACACCCACCAUAAUUUAAUAUAUGCAAGGCCGUCUAUCUUCGCUGUAGCAUCUCGUUUUGUUCCUUGUGUUCCGCAUAUUUUUAGAUAUCACGCGUAGCAUUCUUCGCUCACUAGCGGUUUACCGGCAUAAAGGCAUGCAUCAUAAUCGCCUAAAAUUUCGCUAUCAACUGCUUCUAGAGUUCCAAUUUCGUGACUAGUAUCAUUUGAUUCAUCCUCUAUACUAUACCCAGGAAUAUAAUUGUAUUCUGAGUCACAUUGAGAACCAUGAGUGCUGAAAAACAUAUGUCUUCCCAAUAGCUUUUUAGUACUCCUUCACAUGUUAUGAUGUUAAUUCGAACUUCCGCCCCUUAAGAUACGUCACACGGCUGUCGCCCCAGACCCUUUUCCGUUUUUUCUCGGGCGCGACAAUUUUUCGCUAAAAGCCAAUGAAAAUGAAAAGAGAAAACCGAAAAUGUUAAAGAACCUAUUAACUAACUUUUUGUCCUCUACUCAAAUGUCAAAAAAAAAAUUUGUGUGACAUAAGCAUUUUAAUCGUAAUCGUUAUCCACCUUAUUUUACCCGAUAUCAUCACCAAAUAGUAACGUGAAUCUAUGUACGGUUAAAGUUUUACUUACUGUAUUGUGACAUCAUUUUGGGACAUUUACAUGGGAAGCCAUCUGCUGACCUUCUUUACGUGCAUUUUUUAGUAGAAUUAGUAGUUUUAUGUUUUAAUUCAUUAACGUUAAUUAAUAAAUAUAUAUUUGCAAAAGAUAACGAAAGAACCUUACCAAAGCCUGCAGCACCAAGAUUGGUUGAAGCUGGAUGGCAAACGAUAGAAUUACGGUUCAAUACGACGGAAUUAGAAGGAUACAGUAAUCUUCAUUAUAUUUUGGAAGUCAAACCACAAUGGGUCCCUCAAGAGAGGAAUAAUUUCUUUGUUGUGUUUCCUUACACAAAGAAAUACCACAAUGUAAGUGGAUUUUGAUUUCUUACCCAUCCCUAUAAAAAGGUGAAAUUCAUAUUGCGAUCGCAGUAACAUGCAUUCCAUUUAUUCAUUCUUUCUUAGAAAAAAAAUAGGCUGAAUAAAACAAUGUAUUUAAAGAAAGGGCACGGAAAUUAAAGAGUGGACAAGGCCACGCCUAAGUGAUAUCCUAAAUUGUAUAAAGUCUUUGAAUUAGUUUUUGGUAAACAUGGUCCAUUGCAAAAUAGUAAAUGAGGCUUAUAAUCUUUAAACACCAGACUAUCUCAGAUUCUGCAUUUUCCACGACGAUCGUGGACAAACUCUAUUUCUAUGUAGGUACAAUUUUUGUAUUGAUUCUGAUAAUAUGAUAAUGCAUUUUACCCAAUAUAGACCACCCAAACAACGCAUAACGUUACUAAUCUUGAACCGAAUACUGGUUAUCAAUUCCGAGUAAUCGCUAUAAAACUCAAUGAAUCGUCAUCAUUUAGCGAAUGGAGUAAUGUUAUUAACACAACAAGUAAGUGCAAAAUUGACACUCUUUUAAUACCAUGUCCAUGAUUAUCAAGUGGGAAAAUAUAAAAUAUAAUGUGCUUCUGUGAUUGGAGACAAUUAAGGUCCAGACACACUGGACGCGAUUCGACAACGCGACGCGUUUUUCAAUUUUCACUGACCGAUAACUUUAAUUCUAGUUUAAAUUUUCCAAAUAUUUAGAAGCGCUAUAUUGAGGUAUUAAAUUGGUCUAUAUAUCUUUAAAAAUUUGCUCUCACCGGCUGUUUUAUUAACUUUCAAAAACUAAAAAAUCGCGUCGCGGAAUCACGUCCGGUGUGUCAGGACCUUUAGCCUUUCUCGUAGUCGAUUUCUCCACCAUAUUUGAGAUACUGUCUCCCCCACGUUUGAGAGUCUCCACGCCACGAAACACAACUUUUUAGUAUUGUAGUUGUUUGUAUAAUGGUAAAUUUACUGUUACAGUUAUAGCUUUUAAAAGUCUCUUUUCACGUUGUUUGAAUCUUGAAUCUUACACGAAGGCAGACAGUACCCCCACAAUAGCGGAUUUUGGCCUUCGUGAGAAAGGUAACCAGAAAUUCAGGCCCUCGUUUAGAAUAGGGCCUGACACAAAACCUGUCUAAACCGUGGGACGCCCACAUGUUAUUUUUCGGACACAAUCAUACAAUAUGAUUGACAAGUGUUGUAGAUUUCAUUGCACGAAAAUAAAUACGAAAAAUAUACGGAUAAUCAUUUCAUGUUGGAUUAUUUGUUUUUAUAUUCUCAUGAACAUGUCCGCAGAGUGUGCAUUUUGCUUUUUAAACUUAAAAAUUCAAGGUACUUUCAAGAGUUCAGUUUCUCUAUUUAAUUUAACCGAACAGCAAACAAAGAUGUAGUCAGUUCUGUGCAAGGACUGAAUGCAAAUAAUUUUGUUCUCUGCGAUUUACUUUCCGCAAUUGGAAUUAAAAUGCGUCAAGAAAAUACGCUAAAGUCAUUUGUUUCAUCAUUAAACGAGGGAUCUAAACAAACAGCUUGACUGCCAAUUACCUUUCUCAAGGUCUCAACUUGCUGGACGCGGAUAUACAAUUUCUAACGGGAUAACAACAGCAAUAACGAAAUUCUUUAUCGUACCAUGACGAAGGCGAUGUAGCUCAGAAAACAACGCCGGGAGGACCUGAUAAAUAAGACUUUCGCCUAAGCCAGUUGGCAGAACGGCAAAGACAUCUUGGGCCUAGGCUGUCAACAACAAGCUUUCGAAUACAUGACUUUUGCUGUUCUUUUAGCGUCGUGUGUCCAAACUUCGUCAAAGAUUUUGAUAAAGCCCUUUCAAAAUACUGUGUGUUUGAUUUAUUUUCUGCCAUAAAGCAUAUUAAACAAAAGAAAUUCGAAGAAAUUCGACAAUACUAUUACGAUAAUCACAAUGGAAUUUGAUACACGCGUUUGACCUUGUCACAUUGACCGAGCUAUUUAUAAAAUAUUGUUUAUGUGAACUUGCAACCAAUCGAAAUCUUUCAUGAUGCUGAUCAGUUUAGAUAGGUUUUGUGUCAGGCCCUAUUCUAAAUUAGGGCCUGAAUUUCAGGUUAUGAGAAAGGCUAAUUGAACAACAUAUGUGCCAUAUGAAUGUAUACUUAUAAUUAAUUUUUAAAAUGUCUUAAUUUUUUACAGUUUCGCAAGAGUAACACUACUAGCCACUAGGCCUAGGCACCCUCCUGGGGGAUUUUUUGUGGUUCAAUUCAUAGAACCAUAGAUGCCUAAUUACCACAAAAGGUUCCCAAGCAAAAAACUUGCCCAACACCGAGAAAAUGGGUGAUCAGUGAUUAUCCUCUACUAAACUGUAUUACAGCAAGAAAAUGUGAAAUUUUGCAUUCAAUUACAACAAAAAUGACUUGCAUAAUCAGAAAGCUUAUAAAAAUCUACAUAUUUUAAUAUUUUAACAACUUUAUUGGUUAAUAUUUAUAAAUAUGUACAAAUACAUUUGAAAAUAACCAAUCGGCAAAGGCGCGAACGGGACUGAAGUAAGCAUUCGAGGCGCCUUCCCGUUAAAAUAUAACGUUAAAAUAACAUAGGUCAACAUAAGACUAAAUAGUAAAUUAUACUGUAUGUAAAGCCAAUUCUCAAUGGCAAGGACAGUUACGAGACAGUAGACAGAUUUAGAUCGAGCACGCGGACGUCAAAGACGACGUGAAAAUGGCGUGUUGUGCCCAUGUAUGGAUAUGCCACGCCAUUUUGACGCCAUUUUCACGUCGUCUUUGACGUCCACGUCCUCGAUCUAAAUCUGUCUAAUGUCCAUGUGCACGGGAAGUCUAUGUCAAAGGAUGCAUUGAAUAAAGUCAGGUAUGUUUGCUUGAGUAAUUGUUUAAAUGAUGAGAUGUUGGAAAAGCCAUGCACAGGAGCUGAUUUGCAAAUAGUGUUCCAGAGUUUGACAAUCCGGUUGUAAAAAGAUGCCUGAAAAGCGUUUGUCUUACAACGUGGAGCUUUCAUAACUAAAGGAAUCUGGCUGUGUCUGGUGCGGCCAUGGCCUAUAAAUGCAAUAUAUUUAUUGACGUUCACGUCGAUGUACCCAUAUAAGGCCUUGUAGAAAAAGGUUAGGUCUUUGAUUUCUCUGUCGUAGCAUAAAGGCAAUAAGUGGAGCAACUGCAAUCUUUGGUGGUAAGACAUUUCUUUGCCUUUGUAACCGAAUAUCCAUUUGGUAGCUCGCCUCUGUACUCUUUCAAGCUUGGCUUUGAGCAUGUCCUGCGCCGGGGACCAAACUUGGGUAGCAUAACAUAACUGUGACUUGACAAGAGAUAAGUAUAAUGUCCGUCUCACUUGAAUAUCAGUUAACAGUGGGCAAGUUCUCUUAAGAAGACCUAAUAACGUGUUUGCCUUUGCAGCAAUUACAGAUAUGUGAUGAUGCCAGGUGAGUUUGGAUGAUAUAGUAACUCCAAGAUCUUUCUCUUGCUGAACGCGGGUUAAUAUGGCAGAACCAAGUUGGUAAUCGUAAACCACAGGAUUUUUCUUGCGUGUAAUGGUGAGAACUUUACAUUUUGUGCUGUUGAAUUUCAUAUUGCUCUGCUGGCUCCAGAUAUUAGUGUUGCUGAGGGCUUGCUGUAAACCCUCGCAGUCAGUCAGAGACGAGAUGUUUCGAUGUAAUUUGGUAUCGUCCGCGAACAGUGCUGUAUUGGUACCAUUUGGAAUAAUUUCAGGGAGAUCGUUAAUAAAUAUAACAAAUAAUAAGGGACCCAGGAUACUUCCUUGAGGCACCCCGGAGGUAACAGGGGCCCACUGGGAUACAGCACCGUCGAUCACAACCCUUUGAAUUCGACCGUUCAGGUAGUCAGUGAACCAGUCCAGGAGUCGUCCAGCCACGCCGUAGCAUUUUAGUUUCUCAACAAGUAUUUGAUGGUCAACCGAGACAAAUGCUUUGGCAAGAUCAAGGUACAAAACAUCCGACUGGGUGUUAUUGUCAAGAUUUUGACCAAUGUUGUGAAGUACCGAGAGCAGUUGUGUUAUACAGGGUGUCCCAAAAAAAAGUGACACUACAGGGUGUAUCAAAAAAAACUGAACAGAUUUGAAAUUGCUCUCAAUUUCGCAAAACACCUAUUUCUAUCUGUUUUUUUAUAUAUAUAGCUUCUUUGGGUACUUAUAAUGUAAAAUAAUGAAAAAAAAUUCUCGAACUCAAAUUUUGUGAACCAGGGGGGUGUGUCUUUUCCAACAAACUAAAAAUGGCUCGCGCACAAAAUUUAAAAGCUGUAAUAAUAUUUUGAGUUGAUAGAUUGAAAAUUUGUCGGGCUUUUAAUUACUGUACAAAAUUUCAGACAAUUUGGUUUAGUUUAAGCCCUUUAACUAUUCUUUUUGUUCUAAAAAGUCAGCCUUUUGCAUGCUUAAUUAAGGCCUUUACCUAAUUUGCAUAUUGCUGACAUAUGCAAAUUAGGCAAAUGCAUUAAUUAAGCAUGCAAAUAGCUGAUUUUUCGGGAAAAUUGUAACUUUGCGUGAAUAGUUAAGGGGCUUAAACUAAACCACAUUGUCUGAAAUUUUGUACAGUAAUUAAAAUCCCGACAAAUUUUCCAUCUGUUAACUCAAAAUAUGAUUGCAGCUUUUAAAUUUUGUGCGCGAGCCAUUUUUAGUUUGUUGGAAAAGACACACCCCCUGGUUCACAAAAUUUGAGUUCGAGAAAUUUUUUUCAUUAUUUUACAUUAUAAGUACCCAAAGAAGCUAUAUAUAUAAAAAACCAGAUACAAAUAGCUGUUUUGCAAAAUUGAGGGCAAUUUUAAAUCUGUUCAGUUUUUUUUGAUACACCCUGUAUAUAUAUAUAUAUAUAUAUAUAUAUAUAUAUAUAUAUAUAUACACACCAUAUAUGACAAAUUAAGUUUGUUUUUAAUUUUUCAGCUCACCGUCUUUGGUUUGGCAAUACUUCUCAUCAGCGUGCUUUCUCAGCCUUAUAUUGCUGUUGUCGUUGUACCAAUCAUUGGCGUCUUCGUUUGGUUAAGACAGUAUUUCGUUAAGUCGUCCAGAGAAAUCAAGAGAAUUGAGGCCCUAAGUAAGUCACUAUUGCUUCGUUGUAUAGUGCCAUUCGUAACAGGGGCUUCCUUUAAUGUGGCACAUUUCUUUUACAAACUAAUAGAUUCAAAGUUACACUUACUAAUAAUGAGAACUCCCCUUCCAUCCCCUAGAAACGCGGCUCGAUCGAUACCGAUAUAACUACUCAGGCAUAUUUUGCUUUUUUCAUUUACAUUUCAGGUCGUAGUCCUCUAUAUUCUCAUAUCUCUGCAACCCUUCAAGGAUUAGCAACUAUCCGUGCUUCUGAAGAGCAAAAUCAGUUUCAUGAGAAGUAUAAUAAGUAUCAAGAUCGUAAUACGUCGGCAAGUUACUAUUACUUAGCUGCCAAUCGUUGGUUGGGUUAUAGACUUGAUAUAAUUUGUGCAAUAUUGAUGACAUUUGUCGCUUUUGCUCCUUUUAUUGCGCAUGAGGCCGGAUUAGGUAAGUUUAAUUUUUAUUAACUUAGCCCUUAUACAGUUGUGUCCAGUGACUAGGGGGUUCCCCUUAUAAUUUUCUUUCAGUUAGAACGUGAACCCACGUCUCGCAAUUAUUUAUUGUACUGACUUACUAUGUAGUUGGGUUGAGUGGAGUAGUUAGUUAACUGUUUUUUUCUAAUGCUGCAAGUAUUAUUUUACUAGAAAUACAUGCAUGCAGCAACCCCUCGCAUGUAUUUUCCAAACAUUGAUUUAACAUGAAGUAUUAGUAAUUGAUCAACACUGAACGCAGACUCGCGUUUACGUCAGUCUUGCCAUGGCAACACGAUAAAAUGAUAAAUUUAAUUUUUAUAUUUUAUUAUAUUUUUUGUAAAGCACACCAAAAAUAGUUGAAAGAUUAUUGCUUUUAACUAUAUAACAAUGAAUUUCCGAAAUAUGUACUGUAGGUAUGUUGUUCUGCAUUUUGUGAGCUUUGAUUUAAUGUAAAAUUUAACCUGAAUCGCUUCGUAAGUUUUGAAAUGUUCAUUUUAAUCCCCGAGCCGACGGCGCGAAGCGCCGUGCGAGGGUACUAAUUCCCCCCGGCUAUUUACACCCGGGGAAAUGAAAGCAUUAGCGAAGUCUAAAGUUCAUCAAAUAUCGCGGGCGUGGGUCACCAACCGUGGGUGGUCAUCCUCACUGAUCUCAAAAAUAUGGCGGACUGUCAUGAAUAGCGAACACUGUGAUUGGUCCAAUUUAAAGUUUGCAUUAUAUAACGACUGCAUGACGACAGCGAAAUAGCAAACAUUUCUUUAUUUGAUGAUUGAUAAAUUUCUUGCAAAUAUAUUUAAUUUUUGCUCGCAUUUUUGCAAGAUUUUGUAAAUUUCAAGAAAGAAAUGGCGAAAGAAUCGCCUAAAAGAAGGGAGCCGACGUUAACGAAGGUAAGUUUGUUCUAAAUAUUGUUAUAAUUGCUUUAAACCCGACGGCCUUUGCGUAUAUGAAACAACUAAACAAGACAGCAUAUCGGGCCCCAUUUCAGUGUAUCUUUAAUAUUGAUUCCCUUUUUUAUUAUAUUGAAUUUUUUUAAAUAAACUGAAAGAAAGCAAAGUUAUUUGCAUGCGAGAAUUUGAAAUCAUUUUAUUGCAAACUCAAAGUUUAUCGAUAAAGCCAUUUAAUUAAAGAAUAAAGGCAGUUUAGUUUUAUAAAGAACACUUUAAAACGUUUUUCGAAGCGUUUGUGCUUGAAUUUUACCUUAAAUUGAAGCUUAUAUAUUACGUAUAAUAUCAUACCUAACAUAUAUAUGUUGGAAAAUCGAUAAUUUUGUAAUUAAAAGUGAUCUUUUUAAGGUGGCUCCCUAGGGUUUUUUAAUUUACUACACUAUAGUAUUCAGGAGACUCCUGUUUCUUCACGUUACAUGACAUAAAAACGAAAUUUAUUGGACACAUUGACAAUGUUCUCCUGAACAUUACAAAUUGCAACUUUUGUGUUAAAAAUAUGUUGUCAUGGCAACAGCAUGCUUAGAAUAAAGCUCAAAAUUUGUCUUUUUCAGGUCAUUUUAAAAAGUUCCAUCGGUGAAAUUUUUUAAAACUUUGCAUAAAAGGUCAUACUUGUAUAAUAAUUUUUUUCCCUCAAUUUAAAAAAAUUAAAUCGAUACGUUUCUUAGAAAAUUGAAAAAACGUCAAAAAUCAAUAUUAAAAAUUUUCCCUUCGAUUUAAUUUUUUUAAAAAAGGAUAUUGCACUUGCUGUGCCGGUACUAAAAAAUGUGCAAAGUUUUAAAAAAUUUUACCGAAGGAAAACGGAGAAAUUUGGGAUUAAUUUUCGCAAUUUUACUAGAUUUUUACGCGAACAAUUUAAUACCCCAACUGACGUGUACAGGCAUUCUGCAUAAAACAACAAGACAUGACUUUUUUGAAAUCACAAAAUAUGAAUUAUGUUUGAUAUACUGUUUAUAACUGUGUCGGUUAUUGGUCAACUAAGCGUGGAUUAUACAUGUAAAAUUGGCAAAGAUAUUUAGGUAAUUAUUAGUUAUGAUUUCUUGGUAUUAAUUUGAAAAAUGUUUGUCAAAAUUCGUCCCGUGCGAGUUAGUACAUACGUCGGAUGUUUUCGCAAAAUGCCCGUUCAAAUUUCAGUUUUUAUGGUGGUAUGUUUGGAGUUUCGGCCCUGCUCAUUUCACCAGUAGAGGGCUCAUUAUUUAAGUCAUCUUUAUUGUCAUAAGUGCUGCUAGAUUGUGGAGAAAACACUGCAAAUUCUUGAGAAAACUUUAUAUCAUAUCCCAAUGUUCGCGAUCGAACCUGGCGUACGGCGGUUCAAAAAACUUCCAGAAUACCGCUUGAAAAAAAACAAGUUUACAUUAUCUUCUUUUGAAACAUCACAUCCAAGUAUCGUUUUGUCUUUUAGAACUCUUUUUAUGCUUUCAACUAAAGCAAAGUUCACACUUUUGUUUCAAAAGAGUUCCAUAUAAAAACACAACGUUCGUUCGAAGUCACACAAGUUUUAGUUUACAUAUAUACGAAGAGUAACCCCCGGAAAUAAAACCCUAGGGAGCCACCUUAAGUGAUUUUUCAUUUGUAAGAAUAUUUUUAAGAAAUUAUCGUGUUACCAUGACAACUACUUUAGAUACUUCAUGUUCGGAAAAUACAAUGGUUUUGUCAGCAACGCGAGGGUUUCUGCAUGCAUGUAUUUUCUAAUAUUAAACUAUAAACUGCUUUUUCCGAUAUUAUAAAACUGUUUUUACUUUAUAAAACAAAUUAAGUUCAAAUUGUUGAGUAAUUUCAGUUUUCAAAUUAAUUUACUCUCCUUUACAUUGUACCUUUUUUUCUUAAAAUAAACAGGGUAAUUUAGCAAACUUUAAUAUAGCUUCAUUGAAAAGGAAAGCAGUGCAUGUUUUACGCAAUUAAAUUAAAGCAACAAAAUUCAUAAACAUUAAACAUUUAAAGCAAACUUGCUCUAUAUUCCACGAUUUUCCACAGUAAUUCAAUUCUUCUCAUUUCUUCAAACAAAAACUGCUUCAAAGCUCAUUGUAUGAAACGUGAUUUUCCAAAUAUAUGCUUUUGAAAAUUGAAAUCUUGCUUAUCCCACUUCUGGCAAACAGCCAUAUUUUUGAGAUCAGUGAGGAUGACAAAACCAUUAUAUUUUCUGAACAUGAAGUUAAAGUAGUUGUCAUGGUAACACGAUAAUUUCAGGAAGAAUAUUUUUAUAAUUGAAAAAUCUCCUAAAAUAUCACUUUUAAGAACAAAAUUAUCAAUUUCCCAAACAUAUAUAUGUUCGGUAUGUUAUAUGUAAUAUAUUAAGCUUCAAUUUAAUUUAAAAUUCAACCACAAACGCUUCGCAAAACGUUUUAAAAUGUUCUUCAUAAAACUAAACUAAACUUAACCUUUAUCGAUAAACUUUGAGUUUGAAAUAAAAUGAUUUCAAAUUCUCGCAAAUUUUAAAUUGGACCAAUCAGUGUUCGCAAUUCAUGACAGUCCGCUAUAUUUUGAGAUCAGUGAGGAACCCACGCCCGCGAUCACUGAUGAACUUUAGACUUCGCUAAUGCUUUCCUUUCCCAGGGGGUAAAUAGCCGGGCGGAAUUAGUACCCUCGCCCCGGACUUACGCCUGGAACGGCUCCGUUGGCUCGGGAAUUAAUCCGCGAAAACGAGUUGCUUAUAAUUUAAAAGGUCGCAAAAGUAUCUCAAAAGUGGGGGGGGGGGCACUACCAAAGAGGGGCAACUCUCAAUGGCGUUAUGGAGUACAAUGUAAUAAACGAGCAUUGUAGGGGGGAUUCGGGGCAUGCUUCUCCAAAAAUGUGGAUUAUUAAAGGCCUAUUCACAUAAUACGAGUCGUAUGCGAUUGUCAUUCUGGCAUAUAAAACGACUGCUGAUGCCACUAUUUCCUGUUCAUCAGUUUAUAGCGAUAUAUAAAAUGUGACAUCUUUGCACGCAUUUAUUCGCGCAUAUACGCCAGGAUAAGAAUCGUAACGACCAGUCGUAUCGUGUAGAAGGGCUUUAAAGACUCUGCAACACUGUUUCCUGAGCCUGGUUGUUCAAAAGCGGAUUAGAAAUCUUGUCUUGAUUAUCAGAAGUUUAAUUUUCUAAAGUUCUGAAAUAAACGAACGAGCAGAAAUACAUAUACUGUAAACAAAAACAAUGGGUCAAAUUUUAACCCAGGGUUAGUGCUAAUCGUGCUUUGAACAACCAGCUUCUGAAUUCUGAAAAUUACAAGAACAUGGAUUUUAUACCUAUCGUUGGAAAAGUGCACUUCAAACCAAAAAAGAUGGCACUUCAUUCCAGAAAGGGGCUUUUUCCACUUUGAGAAGAAAAAGUGGGUGCGGGCAGGUACCGGUGUCCCAGCUUAUAAUUAUUUGUCAUAUAAACACAUCUGUAAAAGAGAUACUACCCUUUUUAACACAACACCCCCACUGCUAACUUCACCACCGCUACCCAGGCCCGCUUGUGCCCCAUGAUAGAAUUCCAGAACAACAUCACUAAUUUUAAGUUGUGUGUUAGGCGUGAAUCCUGUUCUCGUUGGUUUAUCGUUACUCUAUACAAAACGUCUUACUGGUAUGUUCCAAUUUUGUGUCAGACAAACUGCUGAAGUUGAAAAUCAGGUAAUGACAUGACCAACCUCGUUCCCAGGGCUUUUGUGUGAGGACGAGGGGCGAGACGAGAAAGCCCUGGUCUGGGCCGGUCAAUUUUGCAUUCUGAUUGGCUUACACCAUAUUGUCUAAAAAUAGCAGAACUUGACAGUACUUUAAUUUGCAAUAUUCUAUACUGACAAAAUAAAAACAAGACAAAGUAAUUAAAUGAAACUACUAAUUUAGGCCCUGUUUACUUUUAUAUAGCUCUAAGACUACGCGUAGGCUAUGCAUGUAGUCUGUACAAGAUUCGCUUGUCACGACACCGAAUUUUACAGUUUCUGAAUACCCCGAAUACUUGAAAAUUGUGAUGAUACGACAAAAUAAAACAAUGAUUGUGAAGGGGAUAAAAUUUGUAGGCAAGCAUUGCUCCUGAGCGGCAACUGUUAGUGUCGAAUCCGUAUAUUUCCUGUCCAGCGUAAACAGGUUACGCGAGGUUUAUAUUUGUGUUUAUUUAUAUCGAACUAUGUCUAAGAAUAUGGCUAUAAAAGCAUAUUUAACUACUGAAUAUUAAAGGCAAUAGCCAUAUUGUUCAAGACGAGAGAAAGCAAAUAUCGUUUGAAUCACCACUUUGAGACUUGAGCCUUUGGGCCUUUGGCUUUGCCUGUCACUGUAGUUGGAAAAUCUCCAGAAAUAUCGGUAUAGCUUAGAAAACAUCGACGGUGCCUUCAGAGAUUUCAGCUGAUUCAUGCCAAACUUCGCUACACAUAAAUAAUAUCGAUUGAGAAGUCUUUUGACUGUUUAUUUGUUUCGAAUACUUGUAUAUUUCACUUUCAGCUAAGAAUAUCUCACCACUCCUUGACGAGUAGCUGUCAAAUAUGUCCAUAUUUUGUAGUCACGUGACCGGCCCAGACCAGGGCUUUCUCGUCUCGCCCCUCGUCCUCACACAAAAGCCCUGGGAACGAGGUUGUGACAUGACUAUUGUUCUAUAAUGUGGCAGUGCAAGGUCUAGAAAUGUAUAAAAAUAUUUACACUCGAAAUUUCCAGGUGCAAAAACUCUUCUACAAUUAGUUCUAUCAAGUGAGAUAUCCAAAAAUCCUGAUAUUUACCCAUACACGUUACACUGGGUAUUUAUAUAAAGUUCCAUGCAUGUGCAACGAUAUCCAAACGAUGUGACAAUUUCUUAUUGCAAAACAUUAUGAGGGCGGAGUCGUUUGCAUUAUGUAAGCAAAUAUUUUGAUGUGUACCACACUUCGACGAAAGCGAAGUAAACAUGUUCCCACAAAUCAAUGAACGUUUAACUUAUAAAGAAAUGAUAACAGGGGAUUAUUUGCCGUUGUUUGCCACCAAGUUGCCUGCGGAGGAAGCCACUCUGUGGCUACUUUUUAGACAACACGGGGCUAUAAUCGAAAUUGUAUUACUAGUUGAAAAAAAUUGCUUCGUGCCGGUAACUUGGCCUUAAACAGCUCGCGUAAAUUUUAAUGCCAUAUUGGUUUAAGAGUUAUUUAUCUCAUAUCCAGAUGGUGUCGGUAGAACGAGUGCAGCAAUACACCCAACUCGAAUCUGAAGCAGCGCUUGAGGAAUUAACUGGUAAACCAGCAGAUGCCUGGCCACAGCAUGGUGAAAUUAUUGGUGAGACUGUUGUAUUCCGUUACCAUUCCUCUCUUCCACCAGUCCUGAAAGGCAUCAAGUUUCAUAUUAAACCCAAAGAAAAGGUAUUGCAUUUACACUAAUUUGGUGGGUGUUUACUUGAAGUCUACUUGGAAUAGUGGAAUAUCUAAGCUCUAUAUUAUGUAUUACGAGCAAGAUUUUCAGUCAAUAGGCCUAUGAAAAAAGUGAAGCCAAGAUGGCGAAAAUUGACGUCCAAUGCUUACGCAAUGCUAAGGUCGUAAACAGUUUGCAUACUGUUUUCCCUGACAAAUCCAGUUCAAUAUUUUCCACAGAUCGUGUCGCUGAGCAAGUUACAAGUUCAUGUUUUCCAUAUUAUAUUAUUUAAAUCGAAGUCAAAACACCAAAUUGCGGCAAAUUUCUUGCAACUUAGUAUUAACCGCGCGAACAAAAACAAUAAAAAGGAAUGGCACUAGACGUUAAUUUCUGCCAUACUGGACGCGGGUUCUUGCUCCAUAUAUACAUGGAGCUCACUGGGUGGCUAGCUCUACCAAUAUGACUGGUUUUCACCUCGUAUUUUAAAUCAGCGGAGGGAUCGCAUGCUUUUGCAAGCACCAUUAUAGUUAUUCGACUAAUUUAGAUUUUCACAAUUUUUUUUAUAUAAUUCCGAAAUCAAAUUUUCACCAUGAAAAUGUUAGAAUAAUAACCAACAAACAACUUAGUGAGUAUAGUUCUAUAGCUGAAUUUGCGGCAGUCCUACUAGACGAGGUCUCGGAACGCAAUUUUAAUACGGCUUUUAAACAGCACACAAGAUCUCGCCUACGAGGGUCAGCUCUUCAUGUUUGUAGAGCUUAUUUAAACACCCCUUAGGUUUGAGUUUAGCAUUUUCUUUUAGUUGUGUUAGAUAGCCUGUCAGCGAUUACAAUAGACUUCACUGUUUACGUAACCAUUGUAAUCUAAAAUAUGGGCACUUUAAUUAGUUAUUUGUUUUAUUAUAUAGAUUGGGAUAGUUGGCCGGACAGGUGCUGGUAAAUCAUCCCUAAUAUCAGCUUUAUUUCGUCUUGCUGAACCAAGUGGUAAAAUAAAUAUUGAUGGUGUGUCUAUUAAAGAGAUUGGAUUACAUGAUUUAAGAGAAAAACUAUCAAUAAUACCACAGGUCAGUUGUUACAGAGUAAAGUCUUUUUAUUUGGUUUUAUAAAACAAUAGUUUGCCACACCUUUAUGUUAUAUACGUGUGUAGUUAUCGUCGUUGGCAUUUACGGACGAGCAGGUGCAGAUAAAAACAUAGUCAAUUAAUGCUCACGUGAAAUGUGAUCAACCAAUUACGUUCAGCUAGCCUUAAGGACCUGCUUUCAUGGAGAUAAAGGUCAUCCUAGUGUUUUUUUGCUUCGCGCGAACAAAUUCGUCUAGUAGAAAAUGGACUUUAGGGUUACCCUUUAUCAACCAGGCACAACGAAUAACGCUCGCGGAAGGGCUUAUGGCUAUGUUCAUUAUACCUCGGGUAAGGUUACCCUACCAGACUGUAAGAUAAACAAGAAUGGCGUUGCAAGAUAAUAAUUAUGGAUAAGAUAAUAUGGAUAAUAUUGAAUUAUAACGCUGCGAAUGAAGAAAUUUCCAUAACGUUUCAAAAAGUGGUCGUGCUCGGCCGGAACCCUUUGAAAAACUGUUGUGCCAUAUUUAAGGUGGCUCCCUACAAUUUUUGAAAUAUGACAAAAUCGUGAUUUAGAUUUAAUUUUUUGAAGAGAGGUUUCUUGUUUAAUAGAACACAAAAAUUGUACUAGCCUGCGAGCAGGCCCUCCUGGGUAGGUGGGAUCCUGGCGUUGGGAUCCCAGUACGGGCGGCGCGAAGAAAAGAGGGCCUGCCCGGAACUAUAGGUUCUCUUGGUAGUGGCGUUCGUAUAGAAACGCAGGCUUCUGAUUGGCUUACACUCCUUGACAAAAUUACUAAAAAUAGCAAAUGUAAACAACAGCAUUUUGAACUUUAUUCAUUUUAAAAUUAUAAUACUAUCGAACAAAAUAAAACUAGAAAUGGAAACUAAAAGGAAUAGCAAAGCGUCACAGCAAAAACCUGUAUCAUAAAUGACUUGAAUCUAUCGCUUAAAUCCAACACACAAAAAUUAUAGUAUUCUGAACUUCGUCUUCGGAUUGACAUCAAACCUAUAGUGUAGUACAUUUUGAGGCCGUCGUAUUGCAGACGUUAUAUUGACAUACUAGAGAUGGCUUUACGGAUUAUUCUCAUUAGUGUACAAGCGAAAGCAUACAAAAGAUACCCAAAUAUGUACGAAUAAUUAUAUUGUUGAUCCUCGCUGGCAUAUCAUUUAGAUAAAUAUCGUCCGAAUGUCGUAAGUCGUAUAACGCGUUGUACUAUUUACUGUAUAAACUGCUGACAAUUUUAUAAAUUAUUUAAUAAUUUUACUGCAUAUUAUUACUUCCUGAGCAAUGCUGGUUUUGUCUAAUAAAAACGAUAUUGCAUUCACUUUAUCAUUUGACAACCAAUACCGUCUAUACGACUUCCACUAUUGGCACGCUCGUGAUUUCGAAGAAAUUAAAUACAUGCUCAUUUAGACGUAUUCCAAAUCCCAAUCUAUCUGACCGCAUUUUAAUAGCUUCAGAUAUUCAGAACUUUGUUUUUUCAGUCACAAGUAGUACCAGUAUUAUUACAUGCAAUGGUAGUAGAAUUCUAUAUUUAAGUGUAAUAUAUUGUGCUUCUUGUUGAUGCUUCGUAUUAUUGUUGUAUAAUUUCUUCGUUGUACAUUCACGCCCUGCGUCAAUUUGACAGUUUAUUUAUCGCAGUCGACGCUGAUUGGUUCGCGUUUAGCAGAUGCGAAAAGGGGUGAAUGAGUAAAACGCAUGGUUCCGUGCAGGCUCACCUUUCUCCCAGUGAGCCUGUUCGCAUGCAGGCUAAAAUUGUACCACAUAUAUUGAGCAAUCUUCUAAGAGUUGAAAAUUGUUCACAAAAAUGAUAUCAUUACCGUUGCUAUGGUAACAUUGACGUUUCAAUAUGGCCGACAUUUUACCUUUUAACACAUUUUACUCGAAAAAAGGCCGGUUACUCCCAUUUUUUAUUUCAUGAAACGUUUUCAUGUAGAAAAAUGAAUGAUGUGCACAAACAAGUUUAAAAAAUUCUGUAGAUCAGAAUUUUAAAUAAUUAAAAAACGUGAUUUUUCGUGAUAAAUAUUUUUUUGAUCUACAGAAUUUUUUUAAACUUGUUCACAUCAUUCAAUUUUCUACAUGAAAACGUUUCAUGAAAUAAAAAAUGGGGGUAAUCGGCCUUUCUUUCGAGUAAAAUGUGUUAAAAGGUAAAAUGUCGACCAUAUUGAAACGUCAUUGUUACCAUAGCAACGGUAAUGACGUCAUUUUUAUGAACACUUUUCAACUCUUAGUAGAUUGCUCAAUACAUGUGGUACAGUUUUUGUCUGCUAACAAGAAACCUCUCUUCAAAAAAUUAAAUCUAAAUCACGAUUUUGUCAUAUUUCAAGAAUUGUAGAAAAGAACAUAAAGCGUGGUGCAAAUUUAAUGGCACAUGCUCAGCAGCAAACUUAUAGAGCCUGUAUAUGUUUCUUCGUUCACGUAUGCCAACUAAAGCUCCAUGUAUGUAAGUUUGGUAAAGGCCAUAAUACGCCUUAUUGGCAACAUGAGACGUGGAAAGAUCAUUUUGAAGAAUUCAAAAUAAACGAGAUGAAUUCGCAAGGUCUAUGACCGAAAAAAAUUAAAAUAUAAAAAUAUACCUUUCCAGUUACAUACUGCUUGGAUAUUUGAUUGAUUGUAUAUUUCCUGUCGUAACAAAAAAGUCUGCGAGUUUUCUGGAGGAUGUGAAUAGGGAUGUGUGUACCAUUUAAACAACCAAAUGCUUGUGGAAAACCGUAUUUGUUAUCCAUUUGCUUAAUUAAUUGCCUCAUUUCUUGCUCCGAUGCAGGACGUCAAACUUUCCGUGCAACAUUUAAACUGACACAGUACAAUUGGUAACAUCGAAUGCUUUUCCGCAUUGGAAACAUCCUCUCUAGGUCCUGCACGUGACUCUCUAGGUAAGGUCGCAGUUCGUCCGCCUAUAAGUCAUAAAUACUUAUCCAUUCUCAGAUUUUUCUUUCAUUCAGAUACAGGCAAAACUUUAUUAAUGAGUUUUAGCCACCAUUACUCAGUUUAACAUACGCGAGUUCCAUACGCGAGUUCCAGGAACUCGCGCUAGUUUUUGGUGGUGUAACCCUAGCCAGUAGUUUGUGACUGAGUAAACUGAUGCGUUCAAAUACUCGUAACUAAACAGCAGUUUCAUAUUAUUCUGACACUGCAGAGUAAAUUCGUUGUCUCGAGCGGGAACCUAACUCGCAUCUUCGGGUUUCUAGACCGUCGCUCUGCCCAUUGACCUGUCGAAUCAACGGGGAUUAGUAGCGAGUCUUAACCAGUUUAAGUGCAUUAAAUAUUUUCGCGUUGGCGCCAACCUAAAUUAAGUCUGUCGAACUGCAUGUUUAAAAUGAAAACAGGGUGUGGCGUGUUUUACUGGAACUUUCAAAAACUCGUGAUUAACAAUUCAUGAGGAAAACACAAAGAUAAAUCAUAAGCGUGUCGUAUCCUUUAUAUCUGAUAGAGGUUUCCCUUGAUUUACAUAAACUUUCUCGACUUGAUUUUCUCGACUUACACAACGUAUUUCUUGAAAAUUACUUCGCUAAUGAACUUACAAGAUCAAUCGUUUUUGAAGCAGUUUAAAAUAUUCGCAGUGCGUGUUUUAUCAGACCUAAAGAUACUCUGCUUCGCCUCAUAUCUUUAUAUCUGCUCAUCAUGGUAUUGAUUAAUAUUUCCGCAGGAUCCUGUAAUAUUCGCUGGUUCCGUUCGUGAUAAUUUAGAUCCAUUUUCUAACCAUACGGAUACUGAAAUCUGGAGUGCACUUGAACAGGUAUAUAAUUAUAGAAUAGCGUUCUACUUGACCUUUUCUAGUAACAUGAAGAGGAAUUACUAGUUUAGAGAAGGCAUUAUAUAAAUGUAUUUUUUAAAACUUGUUUUAAAAUUUCUUUCAUACGAAUCUAUGUAGGUCCAGCUGAAGGACGUUGUCAACAAUUUUCCUGAGAAAUUAGAAUUUCAGAUAACAGAAUCUGGUAAUAAUCUAAGUGUUGGACAACGUCAACUUAUCUGCUUAGCUCGAGCAAUAAUAAAACAUAACAGAAUAUUGAUUAUAGAUGAAGCAACGGCUAACGUUGAUCACAAGUAAGUUUGCAUCGUAUCUUGUUGUAUUCAUUAUUUGGUUUGAAUCUUGUAAAUAUUUUGUUUUGACUUACUCUGUUUUGAUUUGACUCUGUAUGUUUACUUUCCUUGCUCUCACCGCACCUUUUAUUAUUUUCAAAAAUCUUUGGGACAUGCACAAUCAAUUAACUAUACACACAUGCACUGGGUAUUUUGAUACCUGACUCAUUGGUUAAUUUAGUUGUUGUAUGAUGGCUGAAUUGAUAUAAUGAUCAAUUGAUCAAAGGAUUGGUUGCUUGUUUGUCGAGUUUGACUAGUUGAUAAAUCAAUCCAAUAAUGAUGUGGUUUAUGCCAUACGUUUACCGAUUAGAGUGUUCUUUGCAUGCAUGUUAGUUUGGUUGGUAACCAUGCAUGCAUAGUCUUAGCCUUUUUGCUACCUAUUUGGAAACCAAUAAUAUAUUUUAUUGUUUUCUAUUUUAUAUUUUAUUUUAAAGUGUUUGCAUUACAUUUCUGUAAAUUGUUUUUUUGAAAGUUGAAAUUAAAAUAAUGGUAUAAUUUCAAAAUGUUUCUCUUUUAUUCCAGAACGGAUAAUUUAAUUCAGGAAACUAUUCGGGACAAAUUCAGAGAUUGUACCGUACUUACUAUUGCACAUCGACUAAAUACUAUAAUGGAUGCAGAUAGAAUAAUGGUAGGUUCUUAUCUUAUGUCUCUCUUAAAAGGAAGUUUGUAAGCCAUAUGAUUUAGUAAAGUUAUUAGGCUAUAGAUUAAAUAAUUGCGUGUAUCGCGUUCUCUUUCUUUCCAAAGUCUCAAGUCACAAGGUGGGUGACAUGUACUGACUAAAUUAUUCAAAUAAUCACAAGCAACCCCACAGAUCCAUAAGCAACCCCACAGAAAAAGUUAUCUGCGCCACAUCGUAUUUAGUUUGUAAACAUGGCGCGAUCUUGAACUCAUACCUUUAUAGUUUUUUUAGUACCCAUGAACCAUAGUCUCACUUGAAAUGUUCACAUGGUAUUUCUUGAAGGGCAGAACAACCGAACGCUUCUCUUCAUACAUGCAGCUAGAAUUUUGAAAUUGUUAAGUAGUAUUUAAAACACGAGAAGGAGUGUAUUAUCAUAUUUAAAAUGCGAGGCGCACCCGAGCGUUUUAGAUAUGAUAAAACGCGAGUUGGAGUGUUUUGAAUAGCUUAAAAUACGACUACAAAAGAAUACUGAUUAGGAUGAACAAUUAUAUAAUCAUACUAAUUAGGAUGAACAAUUAUAUAAAGAAUACUAAUGAAGAUGAGUUUUAUCAGAUAUAAAGUCACUCCACGUGACAUAUUAUGGCUGACAUGAUUUGCCACAAGGCUUAUGAAUUUUUAAUGAGUAUUUUAAGAAGCUAUAAACUGCUAACAUACGGUAGAAAAUAUUUAUCUUGUGACAAAAAUUUCAAAUAGCGAUCAGCAUGUGUUUUCUAUCUAUUAUAUUAAUUACUACAUGUGCAUUGUAUUGCAUUUCCUUACGGUAUACAUUGUCUUUAAUUCUAUUGCAUAACAUUACAGUGGAUCGCUCCGGGUUGUAUUGAUUUGAAUUGCAUGAAAUGCCAUUGCUUCCUUACACUAAGUCUUUUUUUACGGACAGAAUUUAAUAUUUUUUCGUGGAGAUCCAUGUCUAUUUAUUUCGCAAAACGUUUGAUCCGCAAGCUCAGAUCCUCAUCAUUAUUAUUUGCACUGAUUGAGAUCUUCUCGUAUACGGAUUGAAAUAUUGUGAUAUAAAUCAAGGUGGAAUUGAAACAAACAAUUUGCCUUUUUAGGUUCUGGACGCUGGUAGUAUUGUCGAAUUUGACGAACCUUAUGAACUUUUAAAGCGACCCAAGUCCGCGUUGUCUCUGAUGGUAACACAAACUGGAAAAGAAACUUCCUUGCAGUUACAAAGAAUGGCCAAGACUGCGCAUGAAAGUCGAUCAAAUAGCUAGCGCCACCAUGCGUUACAAAUGACAAUGUAUAAAUAAUAAACACUAUACGUAUAAUUUGAAUCUUGCGCAGUUGCCGUCCUACUUUGCUGGGUUUGUUUUCUUUUAUUUGCUAUUACAUGCAUAUAUAUUUCUUUAGUAAUUUCUGUUGGGUUUUUUCUAUAUUUCUAUUAAUAAAGCUUACUGGACCAUUUCUUAUAGUAAUAUCAUGAUCGCCUCGGUCUGGACUUUUUUCUCUCCAAUUACGAAAUGUACUCUCGUGUAUACUUCCUCAUUGUUGGUUCACAAGGGACGUUUAUCCUUGGUCUUCUCAUUUUCCCACACUAAUAAUGAUAUGCACGAUAUGCAAAUUACAUAAAGAAAACACCAAUAAAUACUAAAGCCGAGUACCACGUCAAUAUUGAAAAUUUUGACUUACCAUUAUGUUCAUUUUGAUUGUCACCUAUUUAACUCAUCGUAUCUCUGUUUUAAUUUUCCGAAAGUGAAUUACCAUUUCCUUGCACUUCUCCCCGUUCAAUUGCAUUCUCUCGUCAUUUGCGAAUUGCAUUACUCUAUUUGCAUUUCUUUGGAUGUUACCAGUUGGGUUACCAGAUGCAAACCUUUUGAUCCGCAAGCUCAGAUCCUCAUCAUUAUUUGCACUACCUAUAUGGUGAGUUAUAUCAAUGGCAUCAGACAAUAUGGUGUCGUCAAUGAACAUUACAGUGUAUUGGUCUUCGGAUGACGUACAUACCUGUUCCUGAUCAUUCGGUAUAGUAACCAGUGGAAGUUGGUUAAUUUUAAGAAUAAGUGCAUGCUAUUGGACCUAACUCCGCCUUUGAUCUUUCACAAGUCAGAUUGUGACCUAAAAAUGAUGUUCCCAGAACAUCUACAGUUUAAGCACUGAUCUAUCUAAUGCAUGCACAUGUCAAAUAGCAUUUGGCAAUGCACACUCCAGGAACAAAAUACAGGAACAAUUUAGAGAAUUUACUGACGCAAUUAUUUAACUGUAUUUAUUCAUUAUUUGGGAUAUUUUGUGGACGAGUGAAUGGUAUACAUAGCUACUUCACUACUUCAUCUUGUAUUUAGUAACACUAACAGACAAUAUUAUCAGAUCAGUCUAUUUGUUGAUUGCACAUAGCAGAACGACGGUCACUUCAGAUAUUUUUAAAAUAUUUCAAAGUACCGAAAAUAUAAUUAGGUGCAUAUAAUUUCAAGCGCGUUGGACGUAAACUGAAACAACAAAUCUUGUCUACAACUUUGGGAAGGCACCGAUAUCACUUUUUAAAAUCCUCAGUUCUGGCUCUAUCUCUGUAAAAUCACAAGGACGUUAAUGCCAUGUCUUUGGGCUAUGUCUCUGGGCUGAGAAAUAAUUCUUUACAUGCGAUUAAAAUGUUUAUACAACGAUGUAAAACGGUAAUCUUAUAUAAUGGGCAGCAUUUAAAUUUCCAACACAGUUUUUGAGACGUAAUUCAAGAGGUACUACUACUACUACUGUAACUUAUCAUUGCAUUUGAACUAUUAUAUCAGUUGGUGUUAUUCUGUGUGAUAUUAAUAAAGCGAAUGUUAUAAUGGAAAAAGGGCUUCCACAUACGUUGAAAUCACCGAAUAAGCAGCUCAUGCACACGUUCCUCCACUUCGUCGUAAGUUUACACAGCAGAUUUUAUCAGUUUCGUACUGUUCUUUUUCUUUAAUGUGUACAUUUAUUCUUCUAGAAACUUUCCAAAAUAUACUCGAAAUAAGCGAGGUUAGCGAGCGGGUGUGUGUGGGGGGGGGGGGGGGUGUAACACCCCAAUGAUAAUUGGACAUAUGGGCAAUUUCAGGUAAAUUCAGGUAGAUUUGUAGAAGAAAUUCACGUAAAUUAACGCAAAUUCAGGUAAAUCCUAGGACAAGAGAAAGUUAAUUUACCAAAAAUAACUGUGAAUUUGGGAAAAAAUGAGGUAAAUUUACCAAAAUUUUAGAAUAUUCUAGAAAUUUUCGGAAUUUUCGAAAAAAUUUUCCGUUAAACCGGGAAACUUUGUAAUUGUCCGGAAAAAUUUUUUAUGUCGCGAAAAAUUUUGAUAUGUCCGAAAAAAUUUUUUUACCCCUAAAAAGGUACACUGACCGAAGAUUUUUUGCCGACGGGGGGGGGCAGAUUUAACCGAACACCACCCUGAAGCGUGUUCUUCGCGACGGCACUGGAGGUUAUGCUUUAAAUUUGACUCGCGUAAAUAUGUUGUAGUUAAAAAACUCCAAUAAGGCCAAAUAAAAAAAAAUACUUGGUUAGCGUCACCGCCCGCCUCUCGAUUUUCUGCCGCCUCUGAAUUUUUUUUUAUUUUGUUUAUGUAAAUCUCUUCGUUUUACAGCUUAAAACAGUUUAAUAUUUGAACUUUUUCCCAGGCUCAGACCUUCGCGCUAUAUACUGAUCGAUAGGAGCGCGUAGGCUUGGGUAUACAAGGUUCUUAAAGCAAAAUGGCGGCCUUCGCAACAUCAGUACAAAAAAUAUCACCGAUAUGGUGGAAAAACCGCCCCCCAUCCCCUCCAAAAAUACUAUUAAAAAAUUAAAAAACGAGUAAAAAUUUUUAAAAAAAUCCGCCCGCCCGCCUCUGAAAAUUUGUGAGAGUGUGACGCUAACCAAGUAUUUUUUUUUUAUUUGGCCUAAGGGGCCGACCAUUUAACUUUUGAGGGAGGGGGGGGGGUGAUUUACUGCUGGCAGGGAAUUUUUUUCUGGGAUCGUUAUGUGCAAGUUUGUUUUUUUAUCCCAUCACCAUGUACGAUUUUUUUUCCCACACUUUCUUUCGGAGCAUUUUUUUUCAAUAGCUUAUUCUAUUUAGAUUCUUUAAUUAUAGUUAACGUUAAGUUUUCUAGCUAUGAAGCUUUUAAUAUAAAGACGUCCUCCUGAUUAAUUAAAGACGUCCUCCUGAUAUGUCCUCCUGAUUAAUUUCCCUUUACUUACAAUAUAAAUAUAGAUUUGGCAUCGCCUGGAAUGAUUGCUAAUAUGGAUAAAAAUUUCGGUUACCUACAGUACUUGCAGUGUAACAUAUAUUUAAUAAUUUUUCCUCCAUCGCAACACUAACCUAUCUGCCUUUCUAACCAUAACUCUCAAACAAUUGGUAUGCUUGUAAAAUUCCCACAUUCAGACAAUCUUGGACAUAACUGGUUGAGACUAUUUUCCCCCUAUAGAAAAUUCGCGUAUUUUUAUGAUAAACUCCAUGUUGAAUCAUGUUGCCAUUCUUAAACCCCCGCUGCCCCAACUCAAUGUUGAGCUUGUAUCAUGGUAUAUUACCAAAAGUUGUUUCGGCGUUGUUCACAACAUUGACCUGGGGGGAGGGGGAAACAAAGUUUGUUUUGUCAAUGUUCAAUAACUUUGUAAUAUUAGCUGGAAUGGUCUCAAGGGUUUUGUGAGUGUAGAUGUACAUUUUUGGCAUUUUUUAAACAUCUUUUGCGAUUAAACUUGCUGUUUUCCUUUCUUAUUUUAGUUAAAAUCCAAUAUUAAAUAUCCAGCAAUAUUAACUUGAAACUUUGCCGUCGGUGUCAGAGUGGUCAAAAACAAAAAAAGAGCCUGGAUCCCACCAAAAGUAUGGCGUGGAAUUGCGUGAGCAAUCGCCGCCAUUUUGGCAGUAAAAUCGCUCGCGAAAAUCGCGGACACGAAAAUCAUAGGGAUAGAUACACAGUGAUUCAUCUGGUAUUAGUGAGUUUAAUUAAGCAAGUGACGUUUUUGACAACACGGACGUCGACCGGAAGUAAAAUUGACGUUUUUCAUCAAUCACAGCCCUUGACCCAGUCUUCUGCCGUUACUCACGCCGUUCGUGUUGUCAAAAACGUCACUUGCUUAAGCCCGUUCUCCACUAGGCGAAUUUAUUCGCGCGAACAGAUAAAAAGUAGGAAGCGAUCCUACUUUUUCGCCGCGAAUUUUUUCGCCGACCAAUCACGUUGCCGGAUUUCGGUUUUCGCUUCGCGUCGCGCGAACAAAUUCGCGUAGUGGAGAACGGGCUUUAAGCUCACUAUUAUCUAUCAUCUGUGCCAGCGAUGAACUGAGAAAAAGCGCGCGAAAAAGAAGCCAUGUUGAACGUUAAAAAGGAAGCCAUGUUGAACGUAUAAAAGUAGUCUAAAAAAACGCUAAAAAUUAAUGUUUUGAACCGGAAAAAGUCAAGUUGGGUUUAUGUUUUUAAAGUUUAUCACUGGUUUGGACAAAUGUAGGUGCAAAGACGUGUAUUUGUAACGUAAAAUAGUGUAUUUAUAUUUGUAAACAUAAUCGUAAUUUUCUUUCUAUUCUUUAUCUUAUAGCUUCAGAUUAUAUACAUAUUUUAUGCAAAUUUCGUGUUUGUAUAAUUUAAUAAUAAGAAAACCAAACCAUUGUUGUUGUUUGUCUAUUGUCGCCUGCGCCAUCGGUCCAUGCAUGUAAGUCGACCGCCUGGCAGUCGACAAAGCUGAUUGGCUAAUUCACAGGGAAAUGGGUUGUGAUUGGUUGGUCGCUAACAUGAAAAGAUUUGAAAAGAUCAGAAUAUUUUCAACGGUAAAUCAACGCAUGUAAAUAUGCAUACAGUGUAACAUUCUAAAUAUUUUGUGAUGCCGAACGAUAGCUAGUCUAUGACGUCUAUGAUUAAAACUAAAGGGGAGUAGAUAUAUAAUUUUUUAUACACUAUCUAACUUUUGUGAUUAAUCAUAUUAAAACUCGGAUACAAAUAUGGGCGCAUUCAUGAUUUACAUUUUGAUAACAUAGCACGUACAAAAUAUUUUAUUUAGAUUUUACCAUUGUAUGGCGAUUUCAAAAUGUAUAAAUUGUAAGAGUUGGGAUGCAAUUCAACAAUGGCACAUUGGCCAUUGCCAAAUUUGCGUAGGCAGAUUUUAUCGCAUUUAUAGAAUGUGUUGAAAAUGUUGUAUUAUUACUACUGUAACUGUUUGUUUACAAAGGUUUAAGUAUGUAAAAGCAACGGGCUCCAUGGGGUUACCAAUAUUUUAAAUAUUUAUUCGAAUAUCUGUACUUAGGCGUAAAAAAAAUACCUGUGGUUCCGGUUUCAUAUCGUGAAAAAAUUAGGGCCGGCCGUAGGUCGGAAAUAAAUAUUUUUUUUUAAUAUUUUUUUCAUGAUUUUGGCGGGUUUUUUGCUGGGCGAUUUGCAGUAGAGUCCCGACAUCAAUAUUAACUAGAGAUUCGUAUUUCCUAUGGACGAAUUUAGGCAAUUUGGUUCAAUAAUUAGUGUGACAACAGACGCCAUUUUGGCACGCUGUAUGAGCAGCCCGCAACCACCCGGAGAAAAUAGGGUCGCACGGUCAACGCGUCACAGAAUAAGCGUUGAAAAAAUAAUAGGGUCGGCAGAAAAAAAUAGGGUCGGUCGGGAACCGGAACCACAGGUAUUUUUUUUACGCGCCUUAUCGACUCUUACUAGUACUUGCAAUAAAGUGAAAUCGACAACUUUCAUUGUAUUUUUAGGUAUUACAUGUAUGUGUCAAUCAUCAUCGUUAAUUAUUGCAAAAUGUAAAGUGGGCGGAAGGCGCUUUUGACAACAUUUUCAUCAGACCUAUGUUUCGCCUGUGGUUUCGCCCUUUCCGUCGACGAAUUUUAGGGCGGGUGAAACGUAGGUCUGUUAUCAGGCUAGGCGUACCUAUUUUAUAUGCAAUAACCUGCAUGACUCGUGACGUUGUGUUUUAUUGUAUUUUUGAAGAUGUAUGCCAUAGGUACCUAUGGAGUGUAAAUUAUAGACAGGUAUGGAGUAUUAUAGAUAUCUUUGGAGUAUCAUAGAUAUUUAUGGAGUGUCAUAGAUAGCCAUGGAGUGUUAUAGAUACUAAUGGAGUGUUAUGUAUACCAGUGGAGUGCUAUAUAUAGAUAGUUAUGGAUAGGCACGGUUAGAUUGCAAUCCCAGGCGCUCUUUAGGGGGGGGGGGAGAAGCUAGGAGGUCACCUCCCCCCUCCAGCUUCUCUCGCCCUCCCCCCUAAUUAGCGUCGCUACUAUUUCGGUUGCUCAAUAUCGAGAAAGGGCCAACAUGUAACUGUAUAAUAUGUGUUGUUAAUUUUAUAAACAGGAAACAAGGAAUAUGCAAGGAAUCAAGAGGCAUGUCGAGUCGAGGACAAGUAAAUUUUGAGCGUUCACGCUCGUGAUGCAAGCAGUGUCAAAGUCGACCUUCUAACCUUUGUCUUUGAUUGCCAUGACCCAUAGAAUUGAGCAUACAUGAAUUUGAAUACCUAUAGUCAGCGAAUAUACGUUAUAUACAGUAGCAGCGAUGGACAAAGGGAAUGGACAGUCGUUGAAAAAUCCUGCUGCAAGAGCAAACAUUUACUCGGCAAAUGUUUCACAGAGGUAAGCCCUACUCACCUACUGGCAAGGCUUUUAUAUGACAGAGUCUUUACAAUCUGAAUUAAUUUAAAAGUCUUUCUCGACAUAUCCCAUCAAAUUAAUUAAAGUGCCCCUGACACAAAAAUUGAUUUUUUGUGUAUUGAAAGUAAACAUUAUGUGGAGUGUUUUGGUGAAAGAAUUUUUUGAUUUCAUUAAAAAGGAAAUUUUUUAGAGCGAUUUAAACACAUAAAUUUUUGGCACAUGGACGUCGGCUACAGGAGUCUGGGGAUAGCAUUUUUUUGUGACGUCACGCAAGUGAGUCAAAUCUUGACGGUCUGUUAGACUUUUAUCAGUUUUGAUCAGCUCAAAGGUUUUGAUCGCUGAACGGCUGAAGUGUUUUUAUAUUCUAAGUUCUAUCAUGGUUCUAUAAAGUAUCAUGUCGACAACAGAAUCCGACAGUAGCGAUCAGUCCGUUGAUUCCAGUGCGAAUUUUAUACCUGGUUAAUAUAUGUUGUGUUGGAAGAUGCUGAUCAAUAACACACCAGGUCCCUAGUAUUAUCAUUAAAACCACCAAAUCUACACGACGCGGACGUGACGAAAAACUGCCGCUAUUAUCACAAUUUCACUUCACGAGUAAAACUAUGGAUUGUUGUUGGUAAACAAAGCUAGGGGACACGAGAAAAAUAAAAUAAAACUAGUCUCCCAUUAUUAGCGACUGUUUUUACUUUUUAGUCUGCCUGGCCCUCUGCUAACGUAGACGUUCUAUGGCUUUGCAAGGUUUAUAUCUCCGGUUCAGUGCAUGCUAUGAAGACAAAAAUACUACGACUCGAUUCAGUGAAACAAAAUCUCCUAAUUCCCAGCGAUAGUUUUAGACUUUUAGUCAGAUACAGGCUAUAGUAUUAGUCAGAUGGUAUAGCUAUUUAUGACCUUUGUCUUUGACUUUGAUAGGUCAAGUGGUGUCAUAAUUCAUUAUAUUAUUCAAUUUAUAGUCUCGAACAAUGUAAACUAGUCAUAUCUUUCGCCGAACAUAAAUUCGGCCCCUUUGGAAAUAUCUUUUUCGUAUAGUCUUAUUUGAACCGGAAUCGAAAACACUAUUUAGAGUGUUAUUUUCAAGCUUGUGUCUUCAGAUUUGCAUCUUUCAUUUCGGUAUUACAAAAUAUUUAUAUUAUUAGCGGGCCCGUAAAACCGAAAUUGAAUCAUCAAAACAAAGCAAAUUAUCGUCAGUCUUUAAUAGCUUCGGAUAGUUAGGCUUGCCGAGCCCGUCAACGAAAGACACGAAAAGAAUCGCCUCUCGUAAUCCCCUGGUCAAAAAUGAUCCGAGCAUAUAGUCGAAGUCUAGCUUUGACCUGCGCUUUGACGGCACAAACAAACGUUUUGCGGAUACAAAACCAACCCAUACUUUUCUUCGUCCUUUAGCUUCCGCGCGUUCGUUAUUGAAGUAUGGAAUAUUGUGUAAACUUAUUCCAUCUUUUAAACAUGGUUUAUUGGUACAGUUAGCUGUAACAUAGUAAAAAGGCAUAUAUUUUUUUAUCACAAAUCUAGUAUAUUUGUAUAUGGACUAUAUGCGCCAAGAGUUAGUACCAGUCGAAUAAAUUAUAGAAUACCCCGACUCACUUGCGUGACGUGACAAAAAUCGCUCGUUCCAGUUUCCUUCGAACACGGGCGCGUGCCAACAAAAAGCCCACAUUUUGCGUGUUCAAACGGCUCUAAAAAAUUUUCGUUUCAAUCAAAUAAAAAAAUUCUUUCACCAAAACACUCCACAUAAUGUGUACUUUCAAUACACAAAAAAUCAAUUUUUGUGUCAGGGGCACUUUAACGUAGAACGUGCACGUUCUAUGGACGUUUUCGUUCAUGUCUUCGGUUUGGUGCAUGUUAUGAAGACAAAAAUACCACCACUCGAUUCAGUGAAACAAUAUCAACUAAUUCCUCACGAUAGUUUUAGUCAUUAUCAACAUUGUAGCGAUUUGUGGCCUUUGAAAAUCAAGCGUGAUCGUCUAUUAUCAAAUUACGCAAUUCACCAAUUCAAUUGUCUGCCUGUCUGAACAAAAAUAUUAAAGACAUUAAAUAUAGACUAGCCAUACUUUCGCCGAACAUAACUUUGACUCCUUCGGACGUAUCUUCUACGUAAUAGUAGUCUUGUUCGAAGCAUUAUCAAUAACACUAUUUACAGUGUUAUUUUCGAGCUUGUAUCUUCAAAUUUGCAUCUUUUAUUACUGUAUUUACAUUUCUGGUCCGCCGUGUGAGCUAAUCCCAACCGGAAAUACAAUUUCAGAACGUCAAAACAAUGCGACGUUUGUAUACGGUCGGCUUUACAGUUUCAGAUUCGCAGUUUCAGAUUCACAUUCAGAUUCAAAUAUGAAAAUAGAUCAGGUGUCUGGCGUAUAAAAUGUCGAAUUACUCAGUUUCUUUCUACGCAAUAAACUUGUUAACGAAUUUCAUUCUUCUUCAGAACAUUACGCAUUGAACAAAUGUAUUUUGAGGGCUUUAGCGCAAAAUGUGAAGUCAGGAAAAAUCGCAAAAGAUAGACGAUCAAGACGUGAAUUCAUGCUGCGCCAUAUUGUCGCAAGUGAUCGGCAAUAUUAUAUUUCUCUGUCUAAAGCAAAAUACCCGUUGUAGCUCCCUAAUCUCUGAAAUCCAUUCACUACUACAUUAUACUGAAUGGUAUAAAGUAAACAAGAUCCUGAAAACGUUUGUCGUUUUGUCAGGAAAAAUCGCAAAACGUAGCUGACGCGAACCGGCUUUUGUAACCCGAAGCGAAUAGCAACAACGCAGCUGAGCGGAUAAAUACUUCUCACGCAUCACACGUUUACAUUGAAAUAUUUUCCAGCAAAUUCAUUCUUCUACAACUCUCAUAGAAUGAUAUAACGCACUCGCUUCAAAUAACUUCUGAUUCAGCAGGAAAAAUCGCAGAACUGCCACUUGAGAAGACAACUCGUGCUGGACUAAAAAAUCUGGAUGGGCAUUGGAAGUCUCCUGCUAGUCCGCUUAGUGUGAUACAAGUGCAUUUUUUUCUUAUGUGUGGGAUGGUAGACGGUAUGUGUAGAAUUAUAGACGUUAUAUGUGUAGAAUAAUAGACGGAAUGACUAACCGCAGGAGACUUCCAAUGCCCAUCCAGAUUUUUUAGUCGAACACGAGUUGUCUUCUGCGAUUUUUCCUGCUGAAAUCAAAAGUUGCUUGAAGCUAACGAGUGCGUUAAAUCAUUCUAUGAUAGGUGUAGGAGAAUGGAUUUGCUGGAAAAUAUUUCAAUGUAAACGUGUGAUGCGUGAGAAGGAUUUAUUCUCUCAGCUGCGUUGUUGUCAUUCGCUUCGGGUUACAAAAGCCGGUUCGCGUCGUCAGCUACGUUUUGCGAUUUUUCCUGACAAAACGACAAACGUUUUCAAGAUCUAGUUUACUUUAUACCAUUCAGUAUAAUGUAGUAAUGAAUGAAUUUUAGAGAUUAGGGAGUUACAACGUGUAUUCUGCUUUACACAGCGAAAUAUAAUAUUGCCAAUCACUUGCGACAAUAUGGCGCAGCAUGAAUUCACGUCUUGAUCGUCUGUCUUUUGCGAUUUUCCCUGCACGCACACAAUGGUGUAUCGCAAUGAAAACCGCGUCAAAUGAAGCGCACCAUAAUGUAGAUGAAUGAAAAUCUUUACGGUAUGGGCUGCAUUAAAACUGUUGCAGUGGUUUAGCGAUUUGUGCAGAUUUUCACUGUUUUAGUGCGAAUCUGAAAAUGAAUGUGAAACUACGGGAAAUUUCAAUAUGGAACAAUAAAGUCCGGGGGGUCAGUCAUUCUAUCAUUCUGCACAUAGAGCAAUCUCAAAUACUUUUUCCACGAAAACAAUAUGACCAAGCAUUAUAAAAUUUUAAAUAUGCUGGCAUACAUCUUCUAUUAAGAAAAAAAUGCACUUAUAUCAGACUAAGCAGACUUGCAGAAGAAUUCCAAUACCCACCCGGAUUUUUGAGUCCAGCACGAGUUCCAACGAGUUGUCUUUUACGAUUUUUCCUGCUGAAACCAGAAGUUGUUUGAAGCUAACGAGUGCGUUAUAUCAUUCUAUGAUAGUUGUAGUAGAAUGGUUUUGCUGGAAAAUAUUUCAACGUAAACGUGUGAUGCGUGAGAAGGAUUUAUUCGCUCAGCUGCGUUGUUGUCAUUCGCUUCGGGUUACAAAAGCCUGUUCGCGUCAGCUAUGUUUUGCGAUUUUUCCUGACAAAACGACAAACGGUUUUGAGGUCUAGUUUACUUUAUGCCAUUCACUAUAAUGUUGUAAUGAAUGAAUUUUAGAGAUUAGGGAGCUACAACGGGUAUUUUGCUUUACACAGCGAAAUAUAAUAUUGCCGAUCACUUGUGACAAUAUGGCGCAGCGUGAAUUCACGUCUUGAUCGUCUGUCUUUUGCGAUUUUUCCUGACUUCACAUUUUGCGCUAAAGCCCUCAAAAUACAUUUGUUCAAUGCGUAAUGUUCUGAAGAAGAAUGAAAUUCGUUAACAAGUUUAUUGCGUAGAAAGAAACUGAGUAAUUCGACAUUUUAUACGCCAGACACCUGAUCUAUUUUCAUAUUUGAAUCUUAAUGUGAAUCUGAAACUGCGAAUCUGAAACUGUAAAGCCGACCGUCGUUUGUAUCCUAUGACUCUGGAAAUGCCAGAAAUCGAUUCUAAAGGUUAAAGAUACAGAGAGGAACUCGCGCUCGAUAACCUCAAUUUUUGUGUCGCGCGCUUCGCCUUGCUUGCAUCAUUCCCACACGCCACGCAAAAUUUCCCAGCCAUGCAGUGCCGACAGUGCCGUCACUGAAAUUUCAUAGCAAAAGCAUGGAAUUUCAUAGCAAAAGUAGACUAUUACGGCGCAAAUAUUAUGGCGCUUCUGAUCUUCAUUUCUUGACUUACUGUAAUAAAGGAAAUUGCUAGAUAGUAUACUUCAAAAUAAGGUUUCCGUUUUUAGGGACAGGUCAUUAUUUAUGGCGGGGGGUGGCACUGAAGAGAAAUGUUUUCCGUGUCAAAAAUUUUGCUGACCCAACCAUUAAAAAGACAAAAAUUUGAUUACCCAACCUCAAAUAUCAAUUAAAAAAUAACUACCCGCCCCUGGCCAAAAACUUAACAAAAGGAUACCAUUCAGUUGUCAUACAUGUCCUCUAUCACUUCAGUGACAUGAGUUUGAUAACGGCUUGUGAAAUGUUCUGCAGUCUAAAGUUUCAUGUUGUCUGCACAUGUACUUUCUUUGGAACACAAUUUGUUUUGUCAAACUAUGAUCAAGAUAGUGACUCUGAUCGAUUCACAUAUUGUAUUGACAAAUGACUGUUGACAUUGCUUUUCAGUCUCCAAUAUUUCAGUGGGUCAUGCUUUGGAAAUGACAGUAAAUUUUUAUUACCCAACCCUUGAGUUGUUUUGUUUUUCAUUUACCCAACCUUUUACUCACUCAAAAUUUUGUUUACCCAACCUUUUUCUCUUCGGUGCCACCCCCCGCCAUAAAUAAUGACCGGUCCCUUAUAUCAAUUUUUAAAUAAGUUAGGGUUAGGUUAGGGUUAGGUUAGGGUUGGGGUUAAGGUUAGUAUUAGGGUUAGGGAUAGCCUGCGAGCAGGCUCUCUGGGGAAAGAGAGCCUGCAAGGAUCCCUAUGAUGAUUCGGUGCAUGCGUCCAAUAUUUGGACGCAGUGCUCUGAUUGGUUGAUAACUGAUUCAUAUGAAGUGAUUGACAAGCUUCCGUAAACUUGCACUUCCCGUUUGUAAAACCGAGCAACGCAAAGCUUCGGAAUUGCGGCAAUGUAGAGAUAAAAGUGUCAUGUAUUUUGAUCCUGGUUGACUUUUUACUGUAAAUUAAUAUAGUAUUCAUAUAAAGACGAAUACUAAAAGCUUGCACGCUUUAUUGUGUCCUUGGCUUGUCUGACUCCUAAGCUAAGAAUAAUUCUUGAGAAAGACUGCACAAAUUCGCAAACCGAAACCUAGGGACAAGGCAUUAUAUCGCUUCUCUUUUAUGAAACAAUAUUGGGAAUUCUGAUAAUAUUCAGUGCAUAUUGUGUGUAUUAAGCUUGUUUUACAUUGUUAUACUGACUAUUUAAUAUUUAUAAGUAUGCGGCGUUAAAAUGUACAGUAAUUUACUCGUCACUUUGUUUACAAUAAUUAUCACAUGCAUGUUUACUGCAAUUCCACUUUUUGUUGCAAAAUUUGAACUAUAAACAUAUUAUUAAAUUAUGUCCAAUGUCCAUGGUAUAUCAUAUAUGUCUAUGUCUCACCAAAGCCAUAAAUUUCAGCAAGUUAUAUUAUUACUAUAUAUAUAGACUGUAUAUUAUAUAUUGCAGCACGAAGCAAUUCCAAAUAACUGAAUUAGUUAGCGGGUAAUAUACAACUUUAAACUUACUGUGCCUACAGGAGAAACACAUGCAGAUUGUAAUAAAAAGUACAACUUGAUAUAUUACACUGUAAAACCUCGAGCCGUUUUAACUUUUUUAGUAUGCCACAGUGGCGGUCUGUAUACGAAACUAUUAACGAAUUUGAAACGAAUCGGUUAUGUUUACAAUAUCGUAGUGUAUUCCGGUCUGCGCUGAUUGGUUGUUAUUAAUUGACCUGUGACAUCAUAAUUGAAGGGCGGCACGCAAUCAUCAUAGGGAUCCUUGCAGGCUCUCUUUCCCCAGAGAGCCUGCUCGCAGGCUAGGUUAGGGUUUGGGUUUAGUUUUGCGUUAAGAAGUACAUUUGAGCUUUUUAACAACUUAUAUUUAUUGUUGAAAAUACACUGUAUGAGGAGUGUGUCGAAACAUAACACAGCGGCUUAUUUUUUGAAAGCCGAGGGCAUUUUUAUGGCAUUUGUAUUCAAUGAUUAAUUUCAUCUGGUAUAGUAUAGUGUACGAUGCUAUUUGUCAUUGCAUAUCUGUCAUAACUCUUCGUUUAUCCAUGAAGACCCCAUGUUAUUAUUUUCUGUCUAACACCAGAUAAUUUUACUCAUCAAGGUGACAAAGGCCAAAGGGGACGUGUUGUGGUGGUCAAAUUACUCGGCACAUCAAUAAAUUUACAUCAAUAGUAACAAGGGCAGAUUUCGUGCUCGACCAAUCAACGCAUUUGUUUACAUUUUCGCUCUCAGCCAAUCAUAAUGCAAGAAACGCGAAAUUUACACCAAGGCGAACUAGAAAAUAUUGCCGUCUUCUCGGGCUUCCGUGAGAUUCAAUUUUAACUUUUUUAAUUUAAAACCGAAAGAUUAUGAUAAAGCACAUCAAAAUCUAAAACUUUGCCGUGGGCAUUUUUAAAUUUCGACCCAGAACGGAAAAUAUCCGUGUUUGAAAUUUUUCCUUAUGUCGCGUUUACAAAUUUGAGUAAUCUAAUUUGACUGCAAUAAAACUAAAAUUGCUAUAUUUUCUCUGCUUUUAAAUUUUUGUUGGAGAACUCUUUUUCGCGCUCUUGUAGCAAAUUGUUUUGGUCAAUGUUUUAUAUUAAAACCUAGACGAUAACGCGUUUAUAGCGCUUGAUUUAAAAAAAAUAUAGUCGCACGCUCGCGAUCAUACGGGAAAUCAAUACAAAAAUAUUGUCCGAAAAUCAGACUCUCUAAACGAGUUAUCUUCUAGGUCAGUUAUGAAAUAAUACAUUGACCAAAAUGAUUCUCAACAAGAGCGAAAAAGAGUUUUCCAACAAAAACGUAAAGCAGAGAAAAUAUAGCAAUUUUUAGUUUUAUUGCAGUCAAAUUAGAUUACUCAAAUUUGUAUACGCGACAUAGGGAAAAAUUUCAAACACGGAUAUUUUCCGUUCUAGGUCGAAAUUUAAAAAUGCCCACGGCAAAGUUUUAGAUUUUAACGUGCUGCAUCAUAAUCUUUUGGUUUUAAAUUUAAAAAGUUAAAAUUGAAUCUCACGGAAGCCCGAGAAGAUGGCAAUAUUUUCUAGCUCGCCUCGUUUCCUGCAUUAUGAUUAGCUGAGAGCGAAACUGUAAACAAAUGCGCUGAUUGGUCGAGCACGAAAUCUGCCCUUGUUAUCAAUAGUACCAUGAUCUCUCUGUUAAGCCCGAAGGGGCUUAUUCUUUUUAGGUCCUUUUGAGGGGGGAGGGGGGGGGGAGCUUAUUUAUUUAUCCUUAAAAUUAUAUGAUAAUUUUCUGCAAGCACAACUCAUUGUGUGUGUGUGUGAAUAAAUCAAGUUAGUGUGAAUAAAUCAUAACAUCUGAACAAAAUAUGUGUUUUUUAUGUGGAUAGGGGGUGGUUAAUAGAGGGGGGCUUAAUAAAUUUCUUUAUCUGCAAAGGGGGGCUUGUUUGAGGGAGGGGGGCUUAAUACAGAUUACAGUAAAUAAAAGCCAAAAGUGUGGGUGGGGAACCUUAUUAAAGGAAAUAUAAAGACAUGAUAUCCUGUGGGUAUGCAUUUUACUUUCUACACUUUUUUAUAGGAACAAAUUUAUCUAACAAGAACCAACGAGGCUGAAAUGGCCCACAAAUAGAAGCCUUUUGAAUAUACAAAGUUAAAAAAUGAGAAACUCAAGCUGGGCAAAAUUUUACUGGUUCUUAUAAAAAAAGGGUAUUCCCAUUGCAUUCCUACACACUAAUGCUAAACAUUGUUUGCUUGUAAUAAAUGUUCAUAACAAAACUUCUCUCUUGAAUGAACAGCCUCUUCUGCUAGAAAAAUAGUGGGGGGAAACUACUAAAUAAGGGUUGUAUUGAAGAGGAUACAGUAAAAAUGGUUGCAACACCUGCAAGCCUCUAGCUGCAAGAUGUCUUCAAAUUGUUGUUUGAACGUUUGUCAGUUAUCGAUAUAUAAAAAACCUUCUAAAGCUUCAUUUUAGUCAACUAUAGUAGAAUAAAAAGAGAAUAUACUAACCUAAAAUAGUAACCUUCCUAAACGGGAAUUUUAAACAACUUUUUAGUCUCGCAGAUCGGCAAAUGUGAUUUAUUCGAGAACUCUUGGACAUCACUCCUAUGGACAUCACUCCUUUGAAUACGUUCUUUCGUUUUCGCUGCGACCAAACAGUAUUCAUAAGCCCAUUCAUUUAUCAAAACGUUCAGUCCAACAAAUUUUCGUAAAAUUAUACGAAAAUAGCAAAUCGUCCAGCUGUUUCUCUGGUGAUUUCGACUUCGUCGCCCUCAGUUUCUUCGAUAGUCAACGGGGCAAAUUGGUUUGAGCCCAAAACUGGAUUUGUAGUAUGGCUUUUCAUAAUUACGGAUGCUACUUGUCUCUUCGUAGAUCCGGAUGUUGCUUUCGUGUCUCUUUUAUUAUUAUUCGUCUGAACUUUGGACCAUGCGUUUCGAUCGUCGCCAGGUGUCAGAGCAAAUAUUAUUACGAUCCGAGUGGAGCAAACGUAUGGCAGUUCCAUGCACGUAUUAUGUAAAUAUGUAAAUAGUCUAAUUGAAUUGCCAGUUAGGUGUGUGCUUGUAUAAAUAGGUGUUGUGCUUGUAAUGAAGGUGUUGUUGUGAAACUCAUGUUGCGCUAGCACGUUACAAUUGGUAGCAGGAAAUGGUCCAUUCUUAUUGACACUCGUGUUGGUUCAGUGUUACAUUUAUGUGGAGCGAUAUGCCGGUGACUCGAAUUCAGCGAGGAGAAAGGGAUGAGUUUAAUCAAUUCGUCGGUCAGGGUGCAGACGACGAACGGUCGGGUGAACACGAAGCGAGUGAAAUUGGCCUUGAAGAAACGCUGCACUCUGAAGGAAGUAUUGGGCGAGAUAAAAGACGAAGAAAGCAAACUUAAAGAAUGAGUAUCACGGUAAUGCUUUGCGCGCUUGGUCGCAGCUUGUUUGGCCAUUUUAGGGUGCCCGGAAAAUGGCGACUUUCGUAUAUUAGGAGUUGUGUGACUAAAUCCGCGAAUAUCCGAACAAUUUUCAUCAUAAAUUAUUCAUUACUCCUGAAAUUCUGUGCUGUGAAUAUGUAGACUGACCCACUGUUAAGCAUUUCAUAAUAUUUAUUUGCAAUAAACGACAAAUUGAAGUCUAUAGUGUGAUGGUGUUUAUGUAUAAAGAAUAAUACCGAUCAUGUCGAGAUAGGAUUUGUGCGUAUAAAAGUAAAGAAGGACGUACAUGCGAUAUGGAUUACCAGAAAAGAAUCUAUGUAAUAUAUUCUCAACGAAGACACAAGUGAUUUUGCACGGUACUUGCUUCUGAAUUAUGGCGAAGACGAGCCUUUGCAAUUAUUCAAUGGAAUCUCCAGGCGAUGGUAAAUACUACAUAUUUGUUAGUAAUGCAAUUAAUUUCUUUAUAUUUUACAUCUAAAACGAUUUAUUAUCUACGUCCCAUAUGAUCAUAUCUUUUCUAUAUAACACUUUAGAUCGACCCUUGCCAUAUGUUGUGUCUUCAACACCUGUUCAUAAAGGCAAAUCUGACCGAAAUUUGUGUUUGUCACCCAUAAUUGUCUAUGAGGCUGACAAAUGAGAUGUGAGUGUUGAAAAUAAUAGAACGUAAGAAAUACAGUAGAUAUCAUCCUUUAGCUGUGUUUAAAUGCUUUAAUAGUAGUGCCUUGUUACAUAAUGCCUUGUAGUGCCUUGUUACAUAAUGUGUUCUUCCUUGAAUGACAGAAUAGGGGGGCUGUUUACUGAAUAUGGAAGCCGGGCUAGUCUGGUAAGCGGGAUGAAUUUCUCUCGUGUAUUAAAGAUGGAGAAAUCUUUAUUCUGGUAAGCGACAUCUCACCUCUUUCAAGCGGUACUUAGUUUUAGUAUAAAUUAAAAUAAGUACACAGUGAGAUCUCGCUUAACAGGCUGUCUCACUAAAAGGGCCAGCCCAGCUUCCAUACAAAUUAAGUCUUCAGUUAUUAGCAACGGGUAUAUCUUGUAUCUUAUCUAUUUUGUUCUUUAUUAUUAAAUUCACAUGCUAUUAUAUACAGUAUAUAUCCUCAACAUCAAGAUUUCUUAACCAAUAUAAACAUAUGUCAUCAACAAAUGCCCGUCGUUUGGCUCAUCUUGGCUAUUUCACAUUGAUGGACGUGCUCCUGUUAUGAAAUGGAAAUCAGGGUUAAUUUCAUUUACUUUUCCCUAACAGAGCCAUGGAUGUUGCACCUACAUCGAGAAUCUUUCCAUAUCUGUCAAUCCUGAAUUUGGAUUAUGCCAUGAAGACCCAUCAUUUGAGAGUGAUAGUACAAGUUUGGAAUCAGAUCAUGAUGCAAUUAGGUAAUUAUUACUGGUAUUGAAAAUUUAGUGUUUUAAUAAAUAGCAGCAUCUUUUGAGUUUUGAUGGCAACUCAAAUAGUAUGCAAUGAGUCAUCUGAGAAAAAAUCCACACUUCCCCCACCACGCUUUUCCAUUCCCCCUUUGGGAUGUUCUAGUACAGUUUAUUAUCCAAAAAGGAUUGUUCAUUUCCUAUUAGUUCAUUUAUGAUGCACAAGGGUAAGAGACAAUUAUCGGAUCAUUUGUAACAUCCUCAUUGCAAUCCACUUUCUACUAGAUACUGAUUGUGAACAUUACCCAUUUCCCAUAUUUAUAGUAACAAGGAAAACCUGUCCAUUUGGUAUUAUGUACUGUACCCUUAUAAACCAUUUGCUUGUUAGAUGUUCAAAUAUUGUCUGUUUUAUAGAUUUCCAGAAGAGUAUGGCCCUUUUGUCUGGAGUUACUAGCGGUGGUCGGGAAAAUUACAGAAGCUUUUAUACUAACAAUAUAAAAGCAAUCAUGCAUGUGACAAAAAAUAAACCAAUCAGAUGGGUUUAGUCAAAACAAAGAAUAAACAAAAAAUUUAAAUUACAUUACAGAAUAUAUUAAUACAACUAUACAGAAAACUACAGGAAAUACAACAAAAUAUAUGAAACAAGUAUGGAAUAUUGGUUGUUUGUAAAUAUAGAUCUAGAAUAAAAGGAUUUGAUGAUAAAGCACAAGAUUCUGUAAAUGCUAAAUAUAGUAAUAAUAUUAAUUUAAUCAAUGUGCAUGUGUUUCUUUGUAAUAAAAUGGGGUUGGGUUUACUAGACAGGGGUUUACAGUAAUACAUUUCUCCUGAAAAGGGGCCUAUUAGAGAAGGGACAUAUUUCAUAAAGGGGCAAAAUAGAGGACUUGCAAUAUUAAAAAAUAAAGCUAUAAUAAUAUAGUAAUUGCUAUAAUAAUAUAGAUUGGUAAUGCAAAGAUAAUAUUUUAGAUAAUAAUAUAUUGAAUUUAUAUUGCGCAUGUUAGCAUGGAAAUAUGUUCACAUGCGCAUGUGAAGUACAUUUCUUACACCGCCAUAAAAUAUACUGGCGAUAUGCUGCCUUUCUAAAGUUGUUUGUUGAAUAGUCUUGCGCCCUGAUAUCGCACCUCGCUCCGAUAGCCAUCACGGCAUGACCAAUACAUCCCGGGAUGCGCAUGUGUUUUGGAAUGUCACAUGAUGUCACAGAUGUGAUUUUUGUGCAACACUUAUUUUCCUCCUCAGUUGGCAUAGCUUGACAUACUCCAAAUGUACACCAUGGUGGCCUUGUCUCUGGAAGGACUGGGGCGGGGGGUUUCCACCAAAUUGCACUAGACGUUUGGCAUAAUCAAGCCUAGUACCUUUACCAUAAUUUGACAGAAGUUCAAGCAGUACCUUAUCCUUUUCGCCAACUGUCAAAGUUCCAAUGAAUUCCUAAAAAUAUUAAGUUCCUGUGAAUAAUGCUUUCCAAGUUUCAUAUAUUUCUGUGUUUGUGUCAGUACCAAAUAAUCAACGCAAGUGCUUCAGAUAACUAAUAUAACAGGAAACGUAUUACAAACAUGCGACUUUAUUGCUAAACUGGACGCGAUCUGAUGACGCUCAAGAGCAUUUCGUCCGGCAUUUGCAGCUGCUACUGUUCCCUGUUGAAGCUUAUUCUUACAACCUGCCUUCGUUCACAUGAACAGCCAUCCGCACAUUUGUGCUCCUCGACAUGGGCAUCCCGGUCGUUUUCUACCGUUGCGUUUGCUACUAUUUUUGCAACUACAAAACUGAAAUGAAACGGACUUAAUAAAUAUACGGAACACAUACUCUACCAAACUAUUUAUCAUAAAACAAACAACGAGGAAACUGUUAAAGGGUAUUUAUACUCACAUGCGUUCUACAAACAGCUGCUUCUUGCGCCCUGUAUGUGGGUGAUCCGUACGCAUUUAGAUUGUCCUCUACAUCGUACUGCGACACAUUCAAAUCUUGAUCAGACUCUGAUUCAGACAUUUUAUAUAAAAAAAUACUAAAAUGUUCUUCGAAAGGACCAAAAUUUGUGAAAUAUUAACGCAAUAUACGUAAUAUUAUGCAAAUUGUAAAGUGAAUGUGCACGUGAUACAGAAAUUUCCCGUAUGUAAACAUAAACAAAAGCGCGCAAAGCAUUACCGUGAUACUCAUUCUUUAAAGAAUUAUAUAAGCAAAUUUUGGGGAGAAUCCUGCGUUAGCUGAGCGAAUUGAGCGUUUAGAAUCACAGGACACGGUUGUUUGGAUAAACAGCCAGGCCGACUUGAAGACUGAGAUAAACAUUGUAAAAGGAAACAUUGAACGUUUAACGGCUUCAUUGCGUUCGUAUGCAGAGAUAGAACGUCAACUUGAAACAUCAUCUGCGGAAAUUCGAAGUAUACGUACGCAUUUUCGGAGAGAUUUGACUUAGCGCUGUAGAGGGCCUCGAUAAAGAACUGCAGUCAACCGUGGCUGAUUUUCAAGGCAAAUUAAAUGACGUUAGAAAACUUUGUUUACUAGAGAUUCUAAAAGCCUAGUCUACAGAAAUGAAAACGGGCAGACGAGAUUUGUCUGUCAACGAAACGCGUGAUUCAAGUCAGCAAGUUAAGGAGAGUAAUUCGCUACGGAAGCAAAAAAAUAGUUCAAGCGGCCCCGAAGUUUAGUGGCAAAGCAUCCUGGGAAGUAUUUCAAGUUCAGUUUGACAUUGCUGCAGAGAUGAAUGGACGGCAAGACGAUGAUAAUGCUGUUUUUCUGGCAACGGCGUUGGAGGGGAGAGCUGCGAUGGUGUUGGGUAGUCUGUCCGAUAAAGAACAGCGGGAUUAUAACAUGUUGGUGACUGCUCUUACCGUACGGUUUGGGAUGGCUCAUCAAUCACAAUUGGCCCGAGCUAAAUUCAAAUGUCGAUUGAGAGGCAAAGAAGAGUCAAGCCAGAGCUACACUGUAGCUGAAAACGUAGAGACUCUAACGAGAGCUGCGUACCCUGAUGCUUCGUCAGACCUUCAGGACACUAUCGCUAAAGAUAACUUUAUCGAUGCUCUACAGGACGAGGACAUACGGUUAAAGGUUCGUCAAGCAAGACCACAGUCCCUCCAAGCAGCACUGGAAAACGCCAUGAAAUUAGAAUCCUUCCAAUUGGCUUCUCCACACCGAAAUAGAGCUCCUCGGGGUCUAUACUUUGAACGUGCGCAAAGUCGAUGAAGAUGUCCCUCCAGAAAGUGACGAAAACUCAAAUAUCAAACGCCUCGAAUUAAUGAUUGAUCGGUUGUUGGAAGAAUUAACAAAGAAUCCAAGACGUCGCCCAAAUGUUGGUCCUGUGGUGAACCUGGCCAUCUGCGGAGGAAUUGUCCAAAAGAAAGCGAAGAACAAACGAACGAGCCUAAGAACGAAGUUAGUAAAGAAGUGGAAGCAAAGAGAGAAGAGCAACAAAGAAAGCCUAGGCGCGUAGCUUCCGAAAAACCACGGUUGGGAAACGGGAAGUUGUCGAGCUAGAGGGCCAAGGCUCGACCAGUGUGGAAAGUAGAAAGGCCCCUAUGGAAAUAAAAGUUUGCGGUGGAACAUUGAAGGUAUCUGGAUUCAUUAAGAAUACGCCCUGUCAGUUCGUAGUAGACACUGGUGCUGACGUGACCCACACUGAGUUAUCGAGUAUUUCAUAAAUUGGACUCUGCCGCAGCAGUCAAAACUGUGUCUAUUGAUGGAGUUAUAAGAGGUUUGGACGGACAAAUAUUCCUCGUUAUCGGACGAGUUGCUCUGGAAGUUACGUUGGGUGAAACGGUUUCUAAAUUGGAUUUAUGGGUUGUUUAUAUUCAAGAAGAGUGUAUCCUCGGCGCAGACUUUUUGAAGAAGGAGGGUUGCAUCAUUGAUUAUCCAAGACAAACGCUUCGAAUAGGCGAAACAGAGAUUUCGCUGCGAAUGGGUGGGGAGGAGUUUAAAUGUCUAUGAGUGGUUCUGGAUAAAGCUGUGAAAGUGCCACCAUUUACCGAAAUGGUCAUUCUCGCUAAAUGUGAAGGUGACUGAGGUGGUGUUCGAUGGAAUGUAACUGGUCCACCAAAUUUGGUACAAAGGGACGGCGACAUUGUUGGGAGAACCGUUACGUUGUCGACCUGGACAAGGAUUACAUCCCUGUAAGGGUUGGAAACUUGUCAUCCAGCCGGAAGAAACUAAAGAAAGGAACUGAGAUGGCUGUUUGUGAAGCUGCAGCGAGUAUAACGCCCACGAACAUGGCUAACGAAGAAAAGGAGUAUCUCCAAACUUCGAAGAAAGAACCUGUAAAAGACCAUUUACAAUCCUUGUAUGAGAGUAGCACGGAAAAUCUUUGUGACCGUGACAGAGAGAAGGUUGUGGAGCUGCUGGUAUGUUUUCAAGAUGUGUUCUCCAAGGGAUCGGAGGAUCUUGGACGUGCGACGGGUGUGAGACACGACAUCGUCACGGGGAAUGCUGCGCCUCUGAAACAACCACCAAGAACAAUUCCAGUCUCCAGGCGAGAAGAAGCGCUCAAAGCCAUUGAAGAUAUGGAAAAGCAAGGCAUAGUCGAACCAUCCACCAGUCCCUGGAGCUCGCCUAUUGUUCUUGUCAGGAAAAAGGACGGCUAUACCAGAUUUUGUGAAGAAUAUCGUCGCUUAAAUACCCUGGCCCAGAGGUUUUUUAGGUUUGGCGAACGCGAACUGCGAGAAAACGCGCGAAGAAAAAGGAAAAAUUUCUGGUGAAUUUGUUAGCGAUUCCUGGUUCGGAUAAGGAAUGCAAAAAUGUAUAUGCAUCAUAUUCUAAAAAUAUUAUCCAAUCAUUAUCCUUGUCCAGACAGGGUUUUAUCUAAAAAUGUCAACAUCUUACAAAGACACCCACACUUGCAUAUCCUGACUUCCAGAAACCAUUCAUUCUUGACACAGACGCCAGCAACAUAGCCAUUGGUGGUGUCCUCUCGCAGGUUGUCGACGGAGCGGAAUUGCCUAUUGCCUACUUCAGUAAGACCCUGAGUAAACCUGAAAGUCAGUACUGUGUAACCAGAAGGGAGCUGUUGGCGGUGGUUAAAGGGACGGACCUUACCUUUAUGGGAAUCGUUUUUGAUAAGAACUGAUCACGCUUCUCUACAGUGGCUCCUCUCCUUCAGGAAUCCAGAAGGACAAAUGGCGAGGUGGUUGCAGAAACUACAGCAAUACAACUUUGAUGUCGAACACCGCGCCUUGUCCAGCAGACCAUGUGACCACAACGGAUGCCGCUAGUGUUUUUUUUAAUAAUAAAAAAAGGAAUGGCAGUUACAGGAAGAAGACUAUCAGCAUUCCGUUGUGAGCACGGCUGGGCACCAGGUUCGCGCAGUUACAAGUGAUCAACCGUGUUUCGAACGUAUUGGACAAGCACAGCGUUCCGAUCCUGAAAUCCGUUGUAUGACAACGUGGUUGGAGGAGUCACUAACGAAGCCGGAAUGGCGAAAAUUGUCCUCCUGUAGUACUGCCGUGAAGUCGUACUGGCGCCAGUGGGAGGCAUUGAAACUACACGAAGGAAGAUUGUACAGGAUCGUGGACAACGACGCAGCUUAGCGCUUUGGCAACUGGUUGUCGCGCAAGUAUUGCGAGGAGCAGACCUUCAGCAGCUUCACAACAGUCCCACAGGUGGUCAUUUUGGUGUCACGAAGACACUGGCUAAAGAUUCUUUUGGCCGAACUGCCGAUAGCCUGCUUGCAGACGUUGUUAUUCUUACGCCAAGCGACAAAAAACUAACGUCUGCUUACCCGAGCGCCAGAAUGAAUUCCGCUACGUCAACCAAUCAGAAUUUACCUUCCAAAUUCUGGAAAGUGACGUCAUUUGAUUUAGGAGCGGAAUAAAUAUAAAUAAAUAUUUUGAAAGCAGUCAUCGGUUGAAUUUUGUUAUCCAGGUAAUAAAAUGCACUAUUAAUGAUCAGAUAUGGAUAAUGAAGAUGUUCGGUUAUAUUUAAAACGCGGACAGGAUGGCAUAUUUAUACUGUAAUCUGUAUGAAUCUAGGCCAGACAGCAUCAAAUGCCGAAUAUAUUUCGCUGAAAUUUGACGGAUGUUUUUUAUCUUUAUAAGACAACAGAACUCGGAAGAUAGAAAAUUUAUAUAAUACUGUGGCUUAGAAAGCCAAAUAUUAGCUUCAAAGUAAACUAAUUUGCCGUUUGAGCAACCACUUCUGAUGUAAACUGUAAACACAACACAAACCCGAGAAACUUGUAAUUGCGCCGAGAUGAAUUUUCCAAUUCGCCCAAACUUCGAAACGUUUAUACUCUAACUUGGCUAUACGUUUCUACAUGACAACGAGAGCUUAAUCUUGGCAUAUAGGAAGUAUCAAGAGCAACAUUUGGACAUAUCCUGAUGGCUGGUAUACUCGAGUUUCCCGAUUGUUUGUUUGUCAUUGUUAACAAAAAUUUAAAUUGCUUUUGCAUUUUAUAUACACCGGUUGUUUGCAGAACAUGCAAGAAGAUGAUUACAAUAUUAUUUUACGUACACAUCGUGAAGUUCAACGCUAUAGUUUCCAAAAUAUACCCAUGCAAGUAAACAAAUUUCAACCCAGACAAUAUAUUCCCAUGUGCAAGGGCUUUCCCCAGUAGCUAAUCCCUCAAUAAGGCGGCUUCCAAUUGGCUCUAACUCUUUUGAACACUGCCAGAUGAUUGGCUCCUAAAACAAAGGGAAUUGAAUACAGUAUGCAGUAUGCAAUGUCUGCAAGCAGGCUAAACUGCCAACAGUGCGUCGAAGAAUGAUGCCGGAAGUGUGAUAAAUGUGGUUUUCGUAAAGGACCGAGUAAACGUCAGAGAGGCCGAUGAAGCAAUUCAAUGCUGGCGCCCCGCUGGAAAGAGUGGCAGUUGAUGUGUUGGGUCCUUUACCAACGUUUUCUAGUGGCAGUAAGUAUAUCCUAAUCCUUGGAGAUUACUUUACAAAGUGGGUGGAGGCAUAUCCACUGAGAAAAUCAACAAGCUGAGACUGUGGCAGAAGUGAUUAUAAAAGAGUUUGUUUCUCGUUUUGGCGUUUCCCUUCAGUUACACUCAUACCAAGGACGCAACUUCGAGGCACAGCUGUUCCAGAGAAUGUGCGAACUGUUGGAAAUUGACAAGACUCGAACAACCGCGUUGUAUGGGAUGGUGGAAAGAUUCAGUCAAACUUUGGAAAACCAGCUUGCGAUAUUUGUGGAACAAAAUCAAAGAGACUAGGAUAGAUGGAUACCAUUUCUACUAAUGGCGUAUCGAUAAUCAAUUUACGAGAGCACGAAACAGACACCAGCAUGUAGGCUAUGUAGGUUAAUAAAUUUGCAAGACGAUCGUAUCAUAACAAAAUAUAUGGAGGUUGCACUUCGAGCCACUUUCUACAUAUUUUGUAAAAGAAAUAAUAACUGGCCUUUCCCUGAAAAGCUCAACUUCUAUUAGCUACUAAUUCGUGACAGUGUAGAUAAGGGACCUGCUUUAUUCAGAGAACUGUGGUCUUAUAAUCAAUAUUAAUUGUAGUUAGGUAAAAAAUUAGUCUUGACUCACAACUGUGACUAUAUGGGUCAGGCUAUAUGUAAGUGAUUUGUAAAGUUUAAAAAAAUUACUAUUACCAUUACCAUUUAGAAAUGACAUGAGAAAGGAAGGCUUUGUAUAUAAUAACAUCAGGAUUGCUUCAAUUAAUCAAGCGGAACAUUUUGAAGUCAUUAGCAUUGCAGCUGAACUUCCAUCGAACCAUGUCAUGCUAAUAUGUGGCAUCCACCAUCCACCUAGGCCCAGAUAUAAUGAAACAGACUUAAUAGAUUAUCUAUACAGGAUAUUAUACAGGUGAUUUGAUUUGAACACGCCAUUGCACUUUAAACAAAGUUCAGCUUGGUACCAGGGUUCCCUUGCCUUGGUACAACAUGUAUGACUACAUUGAUUGAUUGAUUGAUUGAUAUAGAAAGUAUAUAACCUCAAUACAUCAGUAAAUUUUCUAAACAGUUUUCAUCAUGGCUAACUUGACGCGAGCAGCGCGAGCCUGCGUUCAGUGUUGGCGUAAUUAAGAAUUCUUCAUGUUGAAACGAUGUUUGGAAAAUGUAGGCGAGGGGUUUGUUGCAUGCCAUAUCAUGCAUGCAUUUCCAGUCUCAAAAUAAGAUGUUGCUCAAUCAUGAAGUGGAGACUCCUUUGCCCUUAUUGUACGGUAUCGUUCUACUCCGUUUCAUGGUCUAAUGUGAUUGUUGACUCUGUCGUCUAACCUCUAUCAGAAGAGGUUCUUCAGUCACCAAAACACUCUUUUCUAAGUUUUAAAUAAUUUAUUGCAAAUGGGAAUUUAACAGAUACACAUGCAAUGGAAUAUGGAAAUAAAUACGUACUGGUUUUGAACACCUGUUGCUCUACAGUUCAUCCAGGUCAAUAAUUCUUACUGUAUAGUGUAUACAAUCAUGCAUGCAUGUAUUCGGUACAUGCAUGCAGAAUUAUUGCCAUGUGGUGUACAUUUGGUCAGAAAAUAGCGCUAUAAAUUUUACUCGAAAUACACAGUUAAUUAUGAUAAUUAUUAUCCUGAUCCAUGCCUGGCUGAUUAUUAUAUUAUAAUCGGUACAUAGAAUAUUUAAAAAAUUGUUCUUUAUCCGGAGUUACCGUUGUACUGAAUUUUUGUUGCUUUUUAGCUGGAUGAAUGGCAUCUUCAAAAAAGGCAGCAAGGAACCACUAGAAGAAUCCGAUAUUUGUGAAGUUCUUGAAAGAGAUUCAGCAUAUCACCUUGCCACAAAGUUGCAAAGGUAUUUUCUCUUGGUUGAUUUGAAAAUCACCAAGAAAACAUAUUACCGAUAUAUACUGCUGUUCUCAAUUGGAUUAGAAAAUCUAUAUUUUUAGGCGUGUACUCGUGUCUUUAUUAGAAGGUGAUGCUACAACACUCUAUCUGAGAUCUAGCUGUGUAGAAAGUCUUACUUUGGUUUACAUGCAGCAAAUUUUUAAUCAUUUUUCUAGGCCUGAUUGCUGGGACUCUCUAGUUUUAUUUAUUUUCCCCAAGAUAUCAAUUUGUCAGUUGGCAGUUAAAACGAUUUCAUAUAGGGCAUUUACAUAAAAGCAUUAAUGUCAAAAGAAUUCACAUCAACUCAUACAUGUACAUGCGCAUGCCAGUUAUGCAACUAUCAUCAUCUGCACUGAGUUGUUAUUUGUCCGGUAAUGGAAAUUAAAUAGCUUCGGUUAUUUGUCCAUGAACUAAUUUGAUUGGUUGGUUUAAAUGGCAAGCGGUGGUUUCCACUCAAUAAAACCGGAACCUUAUCCUUCCAUAACCCCAUCCCUAACCCAAACUGAUCAGGCCACCUACUCGCAGGUCACAAAAUCAUUGUGCAAUUCCUUCAUGAUUCGAUCCCCAGAGAUAGCGCGCACAAGGCGAGAGACCGCUCGCAGUCUAACAAAAUUUAUGAAAGAAGCGAUGGAACUGCUUCAGACACCCGGAGCAGAAAAUAUCGAAAGAUGCGAAAUUAUAGCUGCCCAGCUCAAAGAAAAUGUGACAUUAUUAACCCAAAUCGACGAGGAAAUUUUAAACUUAUGCGAUGUGAGCGAAAUCGGAGUAGAGAUCGAAGAAUCAGCCGAAAUAUCGGAUAGAAUAUCAGAAACGAAGCAAAAAAUCAACAAGCAAGCAAAAGCCACCAAAAAUCACGAUAAUAUUAAUACGACUAUAAACGACGCGAAUUCGAACUUGAACUCGGCUGCAGAACAGAGAAAUACAACGAAUGCAAUCAAAAGUUCAACAAGCACAACGAAUACGACGGUGGGAAACGAAAUCGAAGAAAAUACGACUCUUAAUUCAUUCAAUAGUCUGGCUUCCCUACAGCGAACAACAACUACAAAUACGACAACAACGCCCGGGAAAUUUAUAUCAAGUUUACCGAAGCUGCCAAAAUUAGAACUCCCUAAAUUUGGAGGUCAAAUAAAUAACCAAGUGGAACUCAUUUUGGGAUCUAUAUGACUCCGCAAUUCACAGUAAUCCGAGUGUCUCGAAAGUAAACAAAUUUAACUAUUUACUGUCUUUGCUUGAAGGAAAUGCAGAGCGAAUGAUAAAGGGCCUUACUUAGCCUCCUCCGCAGGCAUCUCGUAGUUCACGUACUUCAGAAAAUCGGUGAGAUGCCUGCCAAAACCCGACAUGGUUGAGCCGUUCUGCGCAUCCUGCUUGCGCAGCGAUUUCGUAUCUAGGGUAUGCGCGUGGGGAGGAUUUGUCAUCCAAGAUGGCGGAUUGCAUGGAGUGAAGAAUUAUGAGAAUUAGUGAAUGUGUAUUAAUACGGUCGCUAAAGGCGGUUAAACGAUUAAGAAUACAGCUUUUGUGGACAAUUGAAAGAAUCUUAACUCGGAAAUUAAAAUUGUCAUUAAAUAAUUUACAUGUUGUCAGUUGCCAUCAAGGUUGACAUAUAUUUUGUAUAAGCUGUAGUCUGUGGCGUCUGUAGAUGGAAAUAGAAAUAUUGUUGUAAUCUUUUAAGCACUAUAAAGGUAGACUUUGUGUUAGUAUCACAAUGAAAUGCAUUUAAUUUCAUAAUAUUUUUUUGGAUCAAUUAGUUGUUUUGUGUUUUAAAUGGCUGGCAUAAUAAUUUAAAAUAGUACAAUUAUCAUGUACAGUUAGUUCAUGAUUCUUAGAAGCAGGACAAAAUUGCCCUACAUAGGAUGUGUAGAAAUGUAACAAGAUAAAAUAUAUUUCAGCAUGAUAAUUGUGGACCCAGUGUUAAUAGAAACCAACGCAAGAGCCAGAUUGAUUUGAGUGAAAAAGCCUUGGUCUGGUGUUUGGUUGUCAUAUUGGCCGAGUAUGCCAAUUCGUGAAGCAACAUCCAAGGUAACGCCACUGUCUGAAAUCUAAAAUUAGCUGGAUUCACUUACUAUAUUCACUUAAACUAUACUAUAUACUAUGUCGUGUUUCAUGUGUGCACUAGUGUCCAGUACCUGCAUGGUGUGAAUUGCAUUGUACAAUCCAGCAGUUAAACAAUAACGUGGUAGAUGAUUAUAAUAAUAUAAUUUUUUUUAAUCCAAAUGAAGAUGUUGAAUUGUCAGGAUUUCUAUACAAGAAACUAGGUGCUAUUUUGCAUGACUGAGAUAGAGACUAAGGUGCUGAAUCCUAGAAAGUGUGAACAGCAAAGCUUACUUUGUACAGUUAGCAGCUUCAAGGCUACAACACAUGGUCAAGCAACCAUUGUCAAUGACAACAUUGAUCAAGCAUGUCAUAACCUGCCAGAUAAAAUAGUGACAUAAUUGAACAUGGCCAGCAUCCUAUUCUGCCGACACUUUCUUUACAAUAUAACAUAUUUUUAAUUAAUGGAUGAAAAAUGGAAGAAAUGGGAUAAAAAAUAAAUGUAGUGUAAACUGUGGACCAUGCUCACAAUUUCCCUGUGACUUAUUUUUAAAUCACAUCGCCUUUUAUCAGAAAUUGCAUUGCAUGUUGCAGAUUUACUACAGGAGGGGGGGGGGGUGCACCCUCCAAGCCCUGACAGGAGUGGUUGCUUUUUUCAUGAUAAGCAAAAAAUCAGUAGAGACAAAAUGAGAUACAGUAAUUUGAGCAAUAACAUGAUGAUAAGCAAACUGUGAACAACAAUUACAAUUCAAAUACAUUAUGUUGAUGGGCGAGCGGCACAUAUGACUGACACAACUCUGCACCAGAGCUGGCAGAGCAGCCCCCUACCAGAUCAUGCUGGAUUGAUCCCUGUACUAUUUAUACAUGGAGGUGUAUCUCUUUUUGUGGCGUAAAGGCAUGUUUUUUAUCAGUUUUCAAGUGACAAUCCAAAUUUUUAGAUGGCUGUUUAAAAUUUUAGUCAGCUGGAUGGCAGGCUGGUUAAUACCAUGCAGUAAUGCAGUAGAAUAAUCUUGAGCGUAACAUCUAACAUACUACAGCAACAAUAUAAAUUGUAUAACUUUGCUUGAUUUAUAAUUAUUGAAUAUAAACACUUCUUACAUUUGGUCAACUUGCACAAUAGUAGCUUGAAAUUUGUGUUACAGCACAAACUGUCAGCAAUAAGCAGUUUACUCAGCGUUUACAUUGUUUACAUGCUGUACAUGUACUCAACAAAUCCCGGAGAUAUUUCUCGCUAACUAGUAACAUACAGCGUAGUUAAAAACACAUGGGAUUGUAAAUUCAAAUUCCUGAAAUAUUUCAAAAUUGUGUAGACAAACCAGUUUCAAUGUCAUGCACAUCCACUAAACUAUAUAACAGUAAUAGACAAUUCCAAGAGGCAAGAGCAUCCAUUAUCCAGUUGAAAUUUUGACAUUUACCACUCCAUCUGAUCUGCCUUCUAGAGUAUUCCGUUUCCCAAAAGUAUUAAUAUUUGAUGUUAUAUGCAUGUAGGAUACCGAGACCAAAUAUAAAUUGAACGGUUGCAAAAAUUCUUAUAAAUUCCAUUCACAUUUCACACUUCGUCGCUCGAUACGAUUUACAUAGUUUCGGCGUGGUUUGACCAUCUGGAUUUCGUUAAAUUCCGGCCAUCCGUUGUAAGUGCAAAAUAAUCAAUGUUUCAUUCAUAUUUGUAAUAAUUUGCAACAUAAAAAUGAAUUGUGUCUGAAUAUAAAAAGAUCGUAUCCUAUGGGAGUAGGGGUAACACAGCUUUUGACAUUAAUCCCGUGGGAGUGGGGGUAACAUAGUCGGUCCAUAAGGGUUACAUAGCUGGUCCAAAGUCUUCGGGUUUUGGCAGGCAUCGCCGCUAUUAAUUUUUUUGCCUGCAAGAAAUUUUGCCCUAUAAUCGAAAGGCGAUGCCUGCGGAGAAGGCUAGGCCUUACGUUAACCGGGGCAAACUAUGACGCUGCGGUUCAAAUAUUACAAGAAUGAUUUGGGAAAACCCAACAGUCGAUAUCGACCCACAUGGACGAAAUUUUAAAAAUUCAAGCUUGUACGAGCAAUCGAUCACGACAACUAUGUUAUGUCUAUGAUAAAAGGGACACCUAGCGAAUGUUUGUGCAAAUACUAAAAAAUGCCGUUACUGCUCACUCACUCACUCACUCAGGAAAACACCUUAAAAACUCAUUAAUAAUUCAGGAGGAAAACACAAAGAAAAAUCAAAAGCCUGUCGUGGUUUUAUAUGUGAUAAAAAAAUCAUGUUAAUUUACAUAAACUUUAGCUUUGACUUUCUCGGUUUAGACAAAGUUUAUUUUAAAAAUUACUUCGCCAAUGAACUCGUAUAAGAUGAGUCGUUUUUUAAGCCAUUUAAAGCACUUGUAGUCGUGUUUUAUCAGAUAUAUCUGAUAAAAACACUCCUACGCGUGCUUUAAAUAGUACAUCAAUUAAUUUAUCAAUUUGUCGUAAUAAGUCGAACUCGAAAGCUGAGCAAAAACAAAUGGAGGAACAAAAUGCGAAACAAGAAACGACGGUGAAACAAGGACUGCUACCUUAACUGGAGUAUGUAAGGGCAGCGUCUUGCUGCAAACUGCGAGAGCCGUUGCGACUAAUGGUUCUAGGUCAAAGUCCGUGCGCAUUUUAUUCGACACUGGUAGUCAGCGGUCGUACGUCACUAACGAUCUUGCUAAGCAACUAAAGCUAACACCAGUGAAACGAGAGACAUUGUAUUUAAACACAUUUGGAAACAGCCAAACAAAACGUGAUAAUUGUGAACUUUUCAUGUUCAAUAUUCGAAGUUAGGGAAGUACGAGGGGGAAUGAGAGCGUUGAGCUUAGAGCAAUUGUCAGUUAUGUCAUAAAUGUUAAUACAUCUUCAGGAACUAGAGCUUGCAGAUUUCGAUGCAAACGGAACAUGCAAUGAUAACAUUGACAUACUAGUCGGUGCCGAUUUCUAUUGGAGCAUAGUUACUGGAGACGUUGUUCGAGGAGAUAAUAGCCCGACAGCUAUUAGUAUAGUAAACUAAGGUGGCUCGUGUCUGGACUUUCGAUGCAGAAUUCUACCUACCAGUCUACAACGAGCAACCUUAUCUUAGCUUGAGAAUGUAUCGACAACUCCCACGCGCAGACCGACAGCAAUGGCGAAACUUUCACGUUUCUGGGAAACCGAAAGUAUCGGAAUUAAGUCAAUUGAGGAAGCAGGUAGCCCGGUCGGAAGCAAUUUCUUGAAAGAUAUACGAUUCACAGGAGAACGUUACAGGGUUGGAUUGCCAUGGAUUGAAGAAUAGACUGGAAAUUGGAAAUGAUUUCGAUCUCUGUUACAAUCGUUUAAUUUAAAGUUGCUUCACCGUAAAUUAAAGAAAUAGCCAGAGCUAUAAUGGCCGUUUUUAUACUAGAGACGCAUUAUGCGUCUGAACUUGGGCAAGCAUUUGUUGUUCGUCUGGUUAUGCGUCCUUAGUAUAAAGACGGGCACAAGACGCAUUAUGCGUCUAGACGAACUAUGUUCGAUUCUUCGUCUUAAGAGACGCACAACCGAUGAUAGUUCGUCUAGACGCAUAAUGUGUCUUGUGCCCGUCUUUAUACUGAGGACGCAUAACCAGACGAACAAUAAAUGUUGAUAGUUCGUCGCAAUUGGCCGUUUUUAUACUAGAGACGCAUUAUGCGUCUGAACGCAUAAUCCGUCUUCUACAUUAUUCGUCUAGUAUUAUUCGUCCCGUCUUUAUACUAGACGAAUAAUGUAGAAGACGUAUUAUGCGUCCAGACGCAUAAUGCGUCUCUAGUAUAAAAACGGCCAAUGUCAAAGUAUAACAUGUGCAUCGAAGAUCAAAUCCAGGCAGGUAUCGUGGAAAAGGUCCUGGCCACGGAAGGCAACAAGAAUCACGAAGGUGUGCAUUAUCUUCCGCAUCAUGGAGUUAACCGAAACGACAAAGGCACGACCAAGUUACGGGUAGUCUAUGACGGUUCGGCAACGACAGCUGAUCGAGAAAAUUCGCUUAAUGACUGUUUGUCGACCGGAACUAAUUAUAUUUCUCAGAUUUUUGAAAUGCUUGUAAAAUUCAGAGCUGAUCGUAUUGGAUUGGUGGCGGAUAUCGAAAAAGAAUUCCUAAGGGACCGUUCAUUAUUAUUAGAGAGUUUAAGCUUUGCGUUUAUAUACGUCAAACGUAACGGAAAACGCCAGGCAAAGAAAAAUUUUACGGUAUCAGGCAAUAAAGAGUAAAUAAACUUGCUGUUUUAAACUGAAAUACACAAUUAUUCUUUCGACGCAAGAAAGAAAAGAUGAAACGAAAACGUUCGACGAAAAUUUUGCUAUGAAAGUUCGAACCUGCCGUUUCCGGAAACGAGAAGCUUAAACUCCCUAAUACAAAUGGGGGAGUGGGCUGGUAAGGAUCUGAAAAAAGCAAUAGCAAAGUAUACAUCCCCCUCUACCAGACAAAGGAAAACAUAAAGCGCCUCCUCGACUACGGUUUGAAAUAUUUACAUCUCCCCUCUUUCUUUUCUUUACCACAAAUUAAUAUUUUAUACGUUUUCCAUAUAAAAAGGCUGAUGAAUAUAAGAUAUGAAUUGAAUAUUCUUUGGCAUGUAUUGGUCAUACUGUAUAUUAAAAGAAUAAUUACGAUCUCAACUCUUAUACUACUCAUAGAUUAUAUUUACUCUGAUAGCACUAUAUAACCAGGAGCAAUGUGUCUUGGUGCACCCUACUUUGUUUAUUUUACUCGGUCUAUAAUCAACUCCAGGUGAUUUUACUUGUGAGGGAGAGACCAUUGCACCUCAUGGGUAAAUGAAAACUAUUUUAUUACAGCUCUUUUUCGUAUGUCACAUGAUACCAAAUAUCAUUAAAAAAUUCUUACAUCCCCCUAAAAUACAGGGUGUAUAAAAAAACCCUGAACAGAUAUGAAUUUUCUCUCAAUUUCCCAAAACAGCUAUUAGUAUCCAGUUUUUAAUGUAUAUAGCUUAUUUGGUUACUUAUUAAAAAUUUCUCGAACUCAAAUUUUGUGAACCAGGGGGGGAUGUCUUUUCCAACAAACUAAAAAUGGCUUGCGCACGACAUUUAAAAGCUUUAAUCAUAUUUUGAGUUGAUAGAUGAAAAAUAUGUGGGCGUUUUAGUUGCUGUACAAAAUAUCAGACAAUUUGAUUUAGUCUAGUUAAAGGUAACUAUUCACGCAAGCUAUUUGCAUGCUUAAUUAUGCCUUUGCCUAAUUUGCAUAUGUCAGCAAUAUGCAAAUUAGGUAAAGGCAUUACAGUGCGUCUACAGUAAGUGGGGCCACUUAGAGAACACUAACCAAUCGCAAUGCAGAACAAAAAUAGAAAUCUAAUCAAACUAAAGCUCGUCCAAUCAAAAGAAAGCUUCAGGAAGCCAUUAACUGCGAUGUUUACUUUUCAAGUCUAUUUUUACCGUUUGAUAUUCGUUUAUUUGUUAAAAUUGUUUUUGGCCUAAUGCUGAUUGGCUAAUGCGCCGUUUGUUGAUUUUUUCGAUUUUUGUUCUGCAAUGCGAUUGGUUAGUGUUCUCUAAGUGGCCCCACUUACUGUAGACGCACUACAAUUAAGCAUGCGAAAGGCUGAUUUUGUAGAAACAAAUGAAUAGUUAAAGGGCUUAAACUAAAGCAAAUUGUCUGAAAUUUUGUACAGUAAUUAAAAACCCAACAAAUUUUUCAUCUAUCAACUCAAAAUAUGAUUAAAGCUUUUAAAUUUCGUGCGCAAGCCAUUUUUAUUUUGUUGGAAAAGACACACACCCCUGGUUCACAAAAUUUGAAUUUGAGAAAUUUUUUCAUUAUUCUACAUUAUAAGUACCCAAAGAAGCUAUAUACAUCAAAAACGGGAUACUAAUAGCUGUUUUGCGAAAUUGAGAGCAAUUUCAAAUCUGUUCAGUUUUUUUUAUACACCCUGUAUAUGCUCAGAAAUGUCUGACCCCCCCCCCCCACAUUUCAUACUAGCCCCCCUCCUCCUGUAUUAAUAAUUAACGGUCCCUAAUGGUAGGGAUUAGCAACAAAGAUCGCGAUGUGCUACGUUUUUUUGUGGUUCAUGAACAUUGGACAUCAUGACCCUGAAUUAAUUCAAUUACGAUUUUGCCGAUUAGUGUUUCGUUUGAGUCCAUCACCAGCUAUUCUAGGGGCGACUAUUGAUCAUCAUCUAGACAAUUUACAAGAGAACAAUCGGGAAAUGAUACAACAUUUUCGAGAAUCCUUGUAUGUUGAUGAUCUGUUGGCGGCUGUGCAGAAUGAUGAAAAGGCAUUCCAAAUUUACGAAGAAUCCAAAGAAAUAAUGUCAACCGGCGGAUUCAAAUUACGAAUGUGGCAUUCAAAUUCGAGUAGUUUGAUGAAUUUUAUCAAUGCCUUAGAGGAUAAGGUUGUUUCAAGCUCUCCAGACAACCAUGGCGUUAUCGAGGAGGAUUUAUCGUAUGCGAAAGAAUCGAUAGCACAAGAAUCUGCACCCGCAAGCUAGUAAAAUACAAUUAAAGUUCUGGGGAAAGUAUGGUACGGAUACGGUACUGAUACGGAUAUGUUGUUAGUAUGGUACGGAUAUGGUACUGAUACGGAUAUGUUGUUAUUCAAUUUCGAAGAAUUGAUCGAGUACGCUAAAUCGUUACCAAUUACAAAACGUUCGUUCUAUUGUGGUCCUCGAAGAUUUUCGAACCAUUAGGUUUCUUAACGCCAUUCACAAUUAAGUUGAAAAUGCUAUUUCAAGAACUCAGAUGUUUACCUAAGACAAGUUGGGAUGAGAAAGUGGACGAGAAGAUGUGCGCAACAAUAAACAAUCUUAGAUUAGAGUUAGCAUUCUUAAACAAAGUUCCAAUAUCGAGAUGUUAUUUCCUGCCAAACCUCAAACCGGCCGUAGUACAGAUUCAUGGUUUUAGCGACGCUUCAGAACGCGCAUUUGCAGCUGUUGUCUACCUGAGAACUCUUUACGAGAAUGGAAGUAUCGACGUACCGACUUCCGAUCCUGACGUUAUUAAAGUUCGACCGAUCAUCUCUGGUUACGGUGGUCCUGUUGAUAAAGUAUCAUGGCUCAUACAAGUCAUAUGUAACCCACUACUCCAGUUCGUAAAAGCACAUCUGUGGAACACGGAACAGCUGUUAAGAAAUCUACAAAGUGUAAAGAACGAAGAACUGAAGAGCAAGAUCCUAUUUAGCCUGGACGUGGUCUCUUUGUACCCUAGUGUAAACAACAAUGCAGCCAUUGAUACCCUACGCACUCACGCUGUGUUACUUCCCUGUUUCAGACUUGCUUCUCACCAAAUCCAUCUUCAGAAACAACUGUUUUUCGUGGAAAAGAAGAUACUAUCGCCAACUUCGAGGUUUGGCGAUGGGAACUCGCCUAGCACCAAUCCUUGCCAUCCUCUUCCUUGACAGAAUUGAGAACCAAGCCAUCUACGCAGAUCUUUCCCUUUCACUUUACUAUCGUUACAUUGAUGAAAUACAUAAAUCGAACUACCUGGUGAAGAUGGUUUUUUACCUUUCCUAAACACCAAAGCUAAAGUAAACGAUUCCGGAAUCGUAGAAAUUGGCCGGUACACGAAACCAGCAAACAAGGGUCUGAUGUUAAAUGCAAAAUCCAACCAUCCUGAUUACGUCAAAUGCGCUGUCAUUAACAACAUCGUCAAUACUUACACUUCUAUAUGUUCCAACAACGCCUUACUUCAAGAAGCUGAGCAAUCCUUCAAGACAAGAGCCCAAAGGAACGGUUACAACCAGCCGUACGUCAAUCCAAACCUGAAACCUAAGAAAACCCCUCAACAUCAUAACAUCUCAGAUGCAUUCACCAACGACAUAAAGAAAGCGGUAAAGCGAAGCAACUUGGACAUUCGUCUAAUUCAGCGUCCCCAAAGUUCAUUGAAGAAUCACCUCGUCGAAUCAAGGCUUUACGACAAAUGAUUUGAUACAGAGAAAUGCAACGUCUGUCGAAAGUCGCCAUCAAUACCUUCAACCCACUGUUCGCAGAAAGAUGUUGUCUAUUCCUUCAAAUGUGACAUUUGCCAAGACGACGAUGGUGUGUACAUUGGUGAGACAAGUCGCCCAUUAACUGUACGGUUUCAAGAGCACUGCCGAUCUGCAGCGAAUCCAACAGCAAAAUCAUAUAAGAACAUGGCCUUCUCAAAACAUUAUAAGGCGUGUCAUGAGGGUCAAAAGCCAAAACUUAUAGCAAGAAUACUAGAGAAAACAAGUGAUUCGUAUGAGCGAAAAAUCACAGAAGCUGCCCUAAUUCAAAAACUUAAACCGGAUUUGAAUGGACAAUUUGAUGUUGUAGAUUUUGUGAUUUAACUUAAAAAGAUACUUCGUUCUAAUUAUUUGGCUAAUUUAAAUUUCUCGGACACGUCACCUUUGCAUGCUCGCGCAAGCAAAUUGCGCAAGUAGAUUGCGAGUGAAACGGUUAAACCACAGAUUAUAGAUCAUACCAGAUGUCUCUUUUCAGCAAAAAUUGUGUGCGCGAUUUUUUAUAAGCACGCGCAAGCCUCCAUUUUGGCAGUAAAGGCUGCAUUCCAGUUACGCGUUUUUCAUACGUGCGUACACGCACGUAAAAGUUGAAUUCGCUUUACAUUCUACUUAUGAAAUAACUAAAUUUAUAAAAGGACAGCAUUCAGUUUUGUGUAUGAUUUAAUGUGUAUUUGUUAAGGUUAUUUGCAUAUAUAUGAAAUUUUAAAGCGAAUUCAACUUUUACGUGCGUGUACGCACGUAUGAAAAACGCCGUAACUGGAAUGCAGCCUUAAGUGUAAGCCACGCCAUCAAACGUGAUCAUGACGUAAGCAAUGACGCCAUCUUCUAGUCACUGACCGAGAAAUUUACUGGAUGUAAAUGAAUGAAUGUACAUUUUAUUUGUUCUAUAUAUUUGUUUUUGAGUGAAAAAACGUGACUAAAAAAAGCCUAAAACGCACGAAACGUUUUCAAAAUUAAAUAUAUCUACUUCAAUUUGUUUUCUUAACAUUGCUGGACAUCUAACUUGUUUUAUUACUCGUAAUUUUGUGUAAAAAUUUCCCACAAGUUGUGUGUUAAGGAUUGAACUAUUAAAGGCCAAAAAACAACAAUCCUUUCGUCUUUCCAGGACCUAGGUUGGUAUGUAAUCUAUUAUAAAGAUUUCUUUUCGAGUUUAAUAAUACGUUUAUGUUGCCUGGAGAAUGAUAGACAGGCAAAAACUUGGUAUGAACCAUGCCUAUGGCUAUGUCUGUUUUUACAGUAUAUUUCACUUUAACUAUUUGAUGCUUAUAUGUUCAACUACUUAAGUUAAAGCAUUAAGGCAACAAUAUCUACCAAACUCCGUCUCUCAAAGCUUGAAUUUGACGAUUUUACUGAAAGUUUUGCUCACCAAAAGUCCAAAACGUCGAGGCCGCGUCUUUCGAAAAAAGUUAAGACCAGUUAGUUGUCCAAAACGGUGGGAAAAAAACUCAAAAAAGAGCUAGAUGUACAUUUUUGGCAUCUUUUUAAACAUCUUUUGUGAUUGAGCUUGCUGUUUUUCUUUCUUAUAUUAGUUAAAAUCCAAUAUUAAAAAUCCAAGCAAGCCAAUAAUGUAUCGAUCAAUUCGAAAUUUCACCCUUCCCCCCCCCGGGCCGACCCCGGGAAUUUGAACUUUUUGAAUUUUGACUGAUCAAAUUCUCCACCUCCUGUGCAAAAAAUGUCUUCAAAUGCCGCACUGUAACAAGAAAUUAAGCGUUCAAAUGCCCCGGGGACCUUCACACGAAAAUUAUGAAACAGUAAAUACAAAAAGUACAAAAUAUACAGAAAUGUUUUUCGACAAGAUAGCAAAAUCCACGUAAAAAGUUUGGAUACCUUGUGGAAAUUUAACAGUUUUACACAAUUAUGUAGUACAUACCUUCAAAUGAAGCACAUAGAUUUUCCAUUCCCGUUUCUUUGAGCCAGUUUUUCACAAAUUUGAGGCCGUUUCCUUCGAAAUCUGAGAAAACUGUAUUUGCCGCCAAUGCGAAGUCUUUUCUGUGCAUGCAGGAAGCACGCGAAAACGGGCAAAUUUUUAAGACUUCCGGUUCAAAUUCCCCACCCCGUUAUCAAAUGCCCCACCACAUGGAAGACCUAGAACGUCAAAUUCCCUACUCCCUGGAGAAGACUUGAAGUCAAAUUCCCGGGGUAUGCCCGGGGGGGGGAUGGUGAAGUUUCGAAUUGAUCGAUACAUAACUUUUAUAAAAACUUUGUCGUCGGUGGCAGAGUAGUCAAACAAAAAAGAGCCUGGAUCCCACCAAAAAUAUGGCGUGACAUUGCGUGAGCAAUUGCCGCUAUUUUGGCCGUAAGUGUCGCACGCGUCAUCUGGCGUGUAACAGAGGGGACUUCCGUCUACGCAUGCGCGAGAAACGUAAGCGUGGAGUGCACGUGAGCGCGGGUUGAUCGCGUGACUGAAUUCUAAAAACAAACACCAAAUUUGCCAAAACUACUCGUGUUAUGAAGUCGUUUUCUUGUUUCUUUAGUGUUUCUACGCUCACAAUUUUAGGCAUUUCCGACUUAGGGGCUGUUUAUAUGAGGCGAGCCAGCUCGGGUACCCGAGCUAGCUCGCUUUAGGCUGGAUCCCGUCUUUGUUAAUAUUUCCUACUAAAUUUCAUGUUGCGUUUAUAUGGGAACCGAGCUGGCCCGCCUAACCGAGGUCCCGCUUCGUGUGACCCGAGACCUCGGGUAAACGAGCUGGGUAGUUUUCCAUAUAAACGCAACAGGAAGGGCUAGCCCUCCUAGUAGGGCUGGAAAUUAAGCAAAUACGCAUGCGCAAAUAAUUAGAAUAAUUCAGAAUGCACAAACAACUCCCAUAUAAGGAACCAACUUCCAUAUAUGGAGUUGUUUACGCCAAAAAAAAUUAGAACACGAAGAGCCAGCCCUUUAUGUAAGUUUCAUGUAACGCGUGGUGAAAUUCAUCUCGGGGAUGCGAGCCAGCUCGGGUACCCGGGCUGGCUCGCUUCCAUAUAAACAGCCCCUUAGAAGUGUUUGCUUUGGAAUAAAAACGUGAAAGUAGAAAUAAAAACUUUGUUGCAGCAGUUUAAUUUCGCCGUACAAUUAUACCUGUUUUAUAUGUACAUCUUUUUCGAAGUGAGAUAUACAAGUGCAAAUUGACCUUCUUUAAAUUCGUACUUACCCUAUUUUUUUUACUCCAUAAAAACUACUUUUAUCCAUGGAGAAACUGUUUGACUUUAAAAAUAAGCUGGAAUUAUGGAGGUGAUACAGGCUAGUUUCUUUGCAAACAGUGAUUCAGUACUCGGUAGUGUACUUGUUGUAUAUAUGAAGAAAAGUCUAAAAUGAUUUCAACAUCCAUUAACAAAAAGGAAUCGCGCUUAUUACUACUCGUUAGAAGAUAGACAAUUAACUUAAUUCACUAGGAACCCGUUCUACAAUAUAAACUAGAAAUCGGCCAACAAAUUGUCACGAAAUAUAUACUACAAUUAAAAUAAGGUCUCUGAACUAUCGAUUUCACCGAGCGGUCAAGUUCCUCUGCAAAGAUCGCCCCUUUGCCCAAUUUUCAUCGAGUAGAUCAUCGUGUUAUCAAGGCAAGGAUUAUGUAUAGCCUACUUUAACAUAAAAGAAUAAAAAAACUGGUGAUAAAGGGUAGAUUUUGAAUAAAAUACGAUUAUCUGUAUACAAGAUCUGAGCGUUAUCAUGAAGCACUCGAUAUACUUUCUCCAACAACAUAUUGCGCUUAAUAUUUUACAAAAUUAAAAAUAUUCACACAUUAAAGAUAUGAAAAUGUAGCUUGCAUUACAAAGAAAUGUUGACUUACCUAAGUUAUACCUUGCACGUCGAUUGAAGUCAAGUAAAGCCCUUUCAAAGACGCGUGUCACAUUAAACUACAGGUCACAUGCAUGGCGGUAGAGAACUCGACGAAGUAUUCAGGAUAUUUCAUAGCCAGUUUAAACGCGGCUGUAUACUAUUCCUGUGAAUUAUGAUGCCCAACACACCGGGUAACAAACUUUACCACUUUGUUCGACUGUUCCAAGUACACUUUUAAGAUACAAGGUCCGAUUAUAUCAUGUUCUUCGAAGCAUCUGCUGAAAACAGUCCAACAUAAAUAUCGCCACUCAUCUUUAAAAAGCUUUUAAAAACAGUCAUUAGGUUGUUGAAGAGUUAGCCUAUAGAACUUCCAACAACAAAACGUUUAACCCCAGUCCCCAGAUGCUUUCAAAAGCCAGUGAAUCACAAUGCUAUAAACUUCAACAUCCUUAGAAAUUGUAAGCCAAACAUCGAAAAGCAAAAUUUGCGGGAAAAAGUUCACGAGCCCGCACAAUUUUUAUGCAGUGUCGACGAAAGUCCCCUCUGUUCUGGCGUGUGCAAUUCGUGAUCAGUCAUGCAAAAAUCGCGGACACGAAAAUCAUAGGGAUAGAUACAGAGUGAGACAUCUGGUAUGAUCUUUCAUCUGUGGUUAAACGUACGGCAAUCUUUAUCACCUGGGGCCGGUUGUAUAAAAACGUAAUUAGUGCUAACUGUAGUUAGCGUUAAUCACUGUAGUUAAAUCUUCAACUGUAAUUAGUUAACUACAUGACUUAACUGCGUUGAACAAAACGUAGUUAGUCGGAUAGUUAACUAAUCACGUAGUUAACUGUGCGUGGGGCUUGCGUGGGGCGUUUAAACACAAAAUUACAUAAAGUAAGCAGCGAGUAACGACCGCUGACCUACAUUUUCAACAUGAUUGUGGACUCGCAUUUUGCAAAUAGGCGGGAAUUUUAUUCAAAACACUAGAAAACAGUAAAAAAUAAACAAGAAAACAAGGAAAAACCGCCACAAAAAUCAUAAAAGAAUGCAGGUUUUCCUUGAGAUGUCUACGUUAAACCAAGGUCUAGCUGUUUGGCAAUUAUAUUGAUGUGUUUCUUGGUGUAAUGGACCAUACUUCGUCUUCGAGAAAUCGUCCUGUGCAAAAAUAUGUUCUGUUUUCGUAAAAACACCAAAGCGAUGGGAACCACAGGGAAGAUAGCGAUUGAAAAUCCCAGGUAAGCGUUGCUUUUCAUUGUUGUUUUACUGAAAAAUGUUGUUCACUCCUAUACAAACGCCAUUUUUAACCACGUUUUGGACAGUUAACUAUACCCUAAAGCAUAGUUAACUUUAACUACUUUUUAACUGCAGUUAGCGCUAACUACACUUUUAUACAACCGGCUUAACUACGUGAUUAAAGUUAACUAUUUUUUUAAGGCUUGUUAACUACUUUUUAACUGCAGUUAGCGCUAACUACGUUUUUAUAUACAACCGGCCCCUGAAGAUGGAGUACACAAUAAAGUUGUUUUAUUUUUAAGCAUUUGUGGUCGUUGUUAAUUCCAAGAAAUAAUACAAAAUGAGGCUAGCUUAGAGACAGUUCGAUACUAAAAUUAUAAAAAAAUAAAUAAAAUAGACAAAAUCCCCUCCUCCUGAACAAUGUUGGCCAUUAUAGAGUCUAAAAAAUUGUGCUCAAUAGUUUAUCGAUGGAAGAAAGCACCAUGUUUAGGUUUUUUACUCAUCUUAAUCAACAUUGUAAGGGGGAAUUAAGGGGGGAAGAAUAGAUUAAAUUGUUAAUCAUACUGGACGUUUCAUUAGUUUUUGCCAGGAUUGCAUGUAUAUAGGUUUAAUACAGUUUUAAGACCAAUUUAAAGAAGAAAAUACAAUAAUUUUUACCAAAUGAUAUUUUACAGUAAUGAUUGUUUUCCCAUAUAUAUUGUUUUGUUAUAUGUAAUCUAGAGAGAGAUAAAGAAACUUUUACCGAUAUCUAUAGGCCUAUACGUAAUCGUUGCGAUUACGAUUAUCGGUCAAUCAACGUGAAAAUAAUAAAGAUUGAUCCAUGUAUCAAUCUUGUUUUUAAGAGCCUGGGAUCACGAGGUAAAAACGUCAAAGAAGCCACGUCUACUGGUGCCACUUAUCAAAGUUGCUGGUGUGAAGUAUUUUUUUUCAAUUGUGUAUGUAAUUAUAGAGGUAGGAUAUUAAAACUAUAUAAUUUGUAAAUCUUGAUUCAGGACGGUAUUGCGAUAUAGUGACGGAUUCGCCCAGCACGCGAGCUGUAUGCUGACCUGCAUAAGGAAAAUACUUGACUACCGUGUGUCAAUUAUUUCCAUCACGUCCACUGAGGUAUAUUUUCGAUUUUUGUUUUACUUUCCUGUCUUUCCAGAUUUUACUAUCGGCAAACCACGAAAUAAAAGGUCUGGCCUUAUUUUCAUGAAUUCUCGAUCGAUCAAUAUUAUAUAGUUGAAGCUCUAUAGUGUAAGAACAUUUCUAUAGAAUUUGGUGUUGUUAUGAAAAAAUAAAAUGUAGUAUGAUUAUCUUUAGAAAUCAUUGUAAAUUUUAUUGCAUAUAACACUUCUCGUACAACAAAUCGAGAACCACGUAAAUUAGUGUACGAAAAUGCUACACGAGAUUAUGAAUCAUGCUCAGUAUAGCAUAUAUUUAUAAAAAAUUAUAAAAACUUUUCAUUCUCAUGCACGGCAGCUUUACAUGUAGGCUGGGCCGUAGCUAGACCGAUAAUUGGAGGGGGGGGGGGGGUCAUAUUCAUAUAUUCGUGUUCUGCCCGAUGGAUUUCUAUUGAAAGCGAUUGUUUUUGCGGAUUGUUUUUGCGUGUACAAGCUUUUUAUUUCUGUUCAGCGAAUUUCCGCAUAAGGGCAACGACAAGCACUGAUGGACAUGAUAUGGCGUCAGUAGCUUUGUGGACACUGCACAACGAGCUUCAUAGGAAGGGUUCACGUACCGUUUUAGACAACUAUACAAGCCAAUAUACGUUUUGCCGGUUAUUAGCAAAAUACUUGAAAAGAUCUUGUAUGAGCAGUUAUACGAAUAUUUUACCACCAGUAGAUUUAUUGUCUGUACAGCAGUUUGGGUUCAGACGCUUUCAUUCUACAUCUACUGCAUUGCUAGAUUGCACUGAUGAGUGGUAAUAUGUUAAUAUGGAUCGUGGUUAAUAUAAUCUUGCCGUUUAAAAAAGCAUUUGACGCUCUAAACCACGACAUAUUACUGGCCAAACUCGAGUUAUAUGCAUGGUAUCAAGAAUACGCCUCUUAUAUAUGCUUUCUUAUAUAUCAAAUCGAUCUCAGCGAUGGUAAGUAAAUGGGGGAACUUUCCACGUUAAAAUAUCUAAAAAAUGGAGUUAGCCAGGGUUAAAUUUUGGGUCCACUUCUGUUUUUAAUUUAUAUCAAUAAUUUACCUAACUGCUUACAACACACUACACAUGCACGUAUGUUCGCCGAUGAUACUAACAUCACAGUGUCCGGUAAAUCCCGCAAUUAAAGAAGCGGAGGUGGCCCUUAAUGCUGAUCUCAAUAACAUCAUAGAAUGGCUUCUAAACAGGCUUUAUCGUAACCUAGUCAAAGCGGAAUAUCUUUUGAUUGGAUCAUGCACGGGACAAUAUUAACCCGUUGGCAGAAGAAUCGCGUGUUUUUAUUGGUGAUUAACCAAUUAAAGGGGUUCAGGUUACAAAAGCUCUUGGUGUCAAAAUGGAUAAGUUUUUAGCUUGGGACAGUCUUAUUGCAUGAUCAUAAAUUAUUUCGAAAAAAAAUGUUCAGAAAUAAGUGCUAUGAAAAAUAUUUCACUGAUUCCGAUACUUUGAUGUCAGUCUAUUACGGUCUUGUUCAAUACCAUUCUACUGUUGUGAAGUUUGGAAUUCCAUUGGUAGAGGCCAGUCCGAAUGACUACACAAACUUCACAACAGAUGUGCUAUAAUUAUAGUGAACUUUAAAGAUGAGCCUGGUCAAUCUCAACUGGCCCUUGAUCAAUUAGGGUGGAAAAUCUUGGAAGAAAGGCGAAAACAUAUUAUGGCCAUGCUCAUAACUACUUUCGGUAAUUUGGCAGUUUUAAAGUCAGAACAUUCCUGUAUUUGUCAAUAAUAUGGCACCGUCGAGGUUCUCAUCAAUGUUCCAGAAUUCUAACCAUAUCCAGAUGAGAUCAAAUUAAUUAAAGAAGGAUAUGAUUUACAGCAGCUUUUACAAAUGGGAACCGUGCAAGGACAUUAUUUGGUAAAACACGACAUAAUAUAAAAUGUUCCCGAAGAUCUUACAGGUUUAAACAGUUUAAUUUUAACGACAUCCUCGAUUUUAACAAUAAGGGACCGGUCAUUAUUUAUGGAAGGGGGGAGGGAAAAAAUAAGGGGGGGGCCAUAUGUAGAAAUGACUAGAAGGGGGGCUAUUAAAUUUUUUCAAGAAAAUGACAGGGGGGGGUUGCAAUUAAACUUGAAGGAAUUUGCUUAAUAACCUGGUAUCCAUUUGGUUGUAAAUGUUGCAACUAAAUCAUAGUCACUGAUGUGAAAUAGUCUGGAUUCAUCUUGUCUUGUGUGUGCUGUAUGCAAAUCAGUCUUUACGGAUUGCAGACUAGUUAAAUUGACAAUGUAUUAUUACAUCAGCUCUUGAUGUGGUUAAAUACAUUUAAAUUAAGCAAGGUUAACGGCGUUUGUAUUAUGCAGGCCACAUCGGCUGAGGGGAAUCUGUGACGUCAUAUCGAUCAAAGAGGGUUGUUUUAUGCCUUGUGAUCAGUGCUUCGGUCUGGGUAUUCAUUCUGCCAUUGUAUGCUUUGUCUAGCUGCAGCAAGUUUUGCGCUUCGAUACCUUUUCCCGACCCACCCACCCAUGUUCAUUCUAAAAGAUUUUAUCUAGUAGCUAGUAUAUUUCAUUUUUAAUAUUUUAUAUAAUCUUUAAUCUCACAUAAAAUAGGAUGUAUAGACCACUAUACAUUGUAUUUCGCAGGUAUGCCUUGGCAGAAUUGUCAUUGCUAUCUCCUUUUGCUGCUAAUUUUACUGAUUGUUGCUCUCAUUGUUGCUGCGCAGCUGCUAUGGUAAUACUUCGUACCAUCAAGUCUAGUUGCAGCCUUAAACAUGGUUACGAUCGCCCAGACCAAAUGGAAACCUGAUUUUAGUGUUAUAUAUAAAAAGACUCCUCUUUUAAUUAUAAUUUUCUGCUAAUAAAUAUAUAUUUUUGGUCGACGUUAAUAUCUUGCCAGUUCCAUAUUCUUAUUUAAUAAUUAAUACUAUAACGCCUGGGUAUACCUAUUUAACGUAAAUUGAAGUUGUAGUAGUUUGACGUAUUUGAGUAAAAAUGAAAAUGGGGGGGGGGUCAAAGAAAAAUAUUCUAAUAUGCAGGGGGGGCAUCAUUAAAUUUCUGCCAUUUAGGGGGGCUUUCAAUUUUAAAAAUUUAGAAAAGAAAAAAUUCCCCUCCCCCUUCCAUAAAUAAUGACCGGUCCCUAACCAAUAUCAACAGUCUUGAAAAAUCUGAAUAGAUUAUUACAAAACUACACACUAUCAAAGCAAAUCUAUAUAAAAGUACAACAACCGUAGCUGUCAGGUGUGUAUAGUGUUCACCAGAAUAACUAUAAGUAUAAAGCUGUACCUAAUACAGUCAGUAUCAGUACAUCCAAUGACCGUGGCUUUGCGAUAUGUGGCAGUGUUAAACAGAACAAUUUAAACAUGAUAACUAUAAUAAGUAUAAAGCUGUACCCAAUGUAAUAUAUCAAAUGACCGUAGCUGUCCGAUCUACAGUGUUGAACAGGACAAUUUAAACAUGAUAGCUAUAAGUAUAAAGCUGUAACCAAUACAGUACAUGCUGCAUCAAUGACCGUAGCUGUACGAUGUACAGUGUACAGUGUUGAACAGAAAAAUUUAAACAGAACAACUAUAAAACAGCACCCUUACUGAUACAACGGUACAGGUAGCUGUCCAAUGGCAGUAAAGUGUCUAAGUAAAUCCAGGUGGUAAUGCUGCCUCAGUGUCCAAUGUUCUUUUUCUUUUUAGACCAUUUAUAAUUGUUACCAAACUGUGAAUAAACAUAAAUAUCUACAUUGAAAAGGGAAUGGCUGCAAAAAUUUCAAUAUCAGUCCCCCACACACCACUGUUCCUCAUGUUGCUUGUGGCUAAAUAAUGAUCUACUGAACUAUUCAUAUAUGGUCUAAGGGCAUGUUCUAUACUGUUCAUGUGAUCCACUAUUUUUUGUCUUAAAAUCAUGUGGUAUGUUUGUGAGACUCGUCCUCAUGUGAGACUCGUCCCUGCCAGUGCAAGCGCAGUCAUGUGAAAUAUACAACGGCAACGUGACUUUAAUACCAAGAUUUUGUGUCGUGUUGCUUCAAAUAAGACAAAUAUGUCCUUUGUAUUCCGUGACAGCUAAAACAUGAAUUAUUUAAAUAACAUGAUUAAAUUUGGUGAACAAAAAACUCUUUCAAUCGACAGAAACUAUGGAAACAGUGUUGAAACGGUGUUGAAACACAGCUGACAGAGGCGCUCGAAAGGCACCAGAAAAUGUGAACACAACGAAAGGCACCAGAAAAUGUGUAUAUAUAUUGAACAAAAUAUUGUUAAUAUUUCAGCUAAAAGGUAGAUCAGUGUGUUAACAGCAGAUCUGUUGGGUGAAGUAGAAAAACAGAUAACAAUUAAGUCAACUAAACAAAAACGAAACACUCACCUUUUAAUUUACCAUACGCUUGUCAAAAAGUCAAAAGUUGAAAAGAACGUGAAGCGUGCUCCAGCCCAAUUUCCGGUUCCAAAAGACCCGUUCGCAGGCAAACACUGCGCGCAAAGCAGGCUGGUCAUUUCCCAUUGUUUAACUGCCCCACUCAAGUAACCACAAAGACUCACAGAUGUUGCUUCGCAACAUCCGUGAGUCAAAAACUUACUAAUUUUAAACAAUGUAUAAUUUGUCAAGAAAGGAACAAGCAUGAUUGUUUAAGAAAAGCACAAGUUCCAUCAAUUGAAAAGUUUAUAUUUGCUGCAAAUAUUCGCAAAGAUGAUUGUUUUGAUAGAUUGCAUAGUGAUAUUGAUCAUCUUACUUCCAGAGAGAUUUUGUGGCAUAAUUCAUGUUACGCAUCCUACACUAGUGACCGUAAUUUACAUAGCCUAUCAACGGGUCAAACGGGUUCUCCUCAAGUGAAUGAAGUAAGUGAAGUGAGUUUGAAAUCGCAACGAAACCGUCCAUUGACUGACUGGACGAAGUGUAUCUUUUGUCGGAAUGCUUCUCGCAAAAGGGAUUUUAAACUAAUCAAUAUUGUGACUUUUGAAGCGUGCAAUAGCAUUAGAACAGCUGCUGAGGCCAGAGGCGAUGAAGAACUACUGCCUGUAUUACGAACUGUUGAACUAAUUGCUAGUGAAGGCAAGUAUCAUAAGUCUUGCCAUGCAUCAUAUGUGAGCAAGGCAAAUAUCAAAUCGCAGUGUAUAAAUGGAAAACCUGUUAACGAAUACGAGGAUGCGUUUGCUGAGUUCCUUGACAUAAUACGACCUGAAAUCCUGAAUGGAAAAGCGUGCAAUAUGAAUUACCUACUACAAUUGUACAAGGAUAUGCUAACCAAGAGAGAUGUAAAUGCCGAUAGCUACACCAGGCAAAAGCUCAAAUUACGUUUAAAGUUAGUUUUCAACGACAGUCUUGUGUUUCACCAACCACAUGGGAGCACAAAACCAGAAAUUGUUUACUCUAGUUCCAUAUCACUUCUUGAUGUUAUUAAUAUAGCUGCGAGAACAACAGAAAACACCACAACUUCAGUUGCAGCUCAGAAUGAAUUCUUAAGGGAUGAUCCAAAUGAAUCAAUUAAGAUAAUCUAUAAAGCAGCAGUCAUUAUCAGAAAUGAUUUAAGCACGUGCAGGGGAAUUAAAAUCGAUCCCUUAUCUCUUGAAGAUUUGUACAUACAGAAGGCGCGAGCACUUAUUCCUGAUAACCUGUAUUGGUUGGUGAGGUAUAUGGUAUCCUCGGAGGUGUACGCUGCUGAUCAAAGCCCUAAAGCUUCAAUUGUCUCACAUGAAAGGAAGAUACUAAUGAUAUGCCAAGACGUCGUACACGCUGCAAGUAACGCCAGAGUGAAGCUUCCAAAGCAUGUAUCGUUAGGUAUAACUAUUAAACAUCUAACAAGGUCGAAGCAGCUCAUAACUCUGCUAAACCGAAUGGGACAUUGUUGCUCAUUGUUGCUCAUGGGACAUUGUUGCUCAUUGUUGCUCAUAUAUCGCAGGGAUUUGUGAACGUCCUAGUGGAAUCAACAUUACAUAUGAGAGUUUAACUAUAUGCCUUAGCAGACAAGUGACAGCUUAGUUUGUCGCCAAGUUCCAGGGUUCGAAAUAUAACCACACAGGGAGAGAUGUAAUAUACGUGCGUAAUUGUUUUGUCAACGUUGUGAAAAACCGAAGUUAUAAUGAUUGUUUUUAUAGGGAAAAUUAAAAAUAUACACGUACUCACCUUGGCAUAUAUUCUCUGCUUUUGGUACCGCCAAAAAAACUUUUACCUUUGCGUUUGUUAAAAAAAAGGGGAAAAAUAUAUGCAAAAUCUACAUUUUUUAAACUUUUUUACAGGCCAGUUGCCACGGUAACUGAUAAAUUGAUAUGUGUUAGCCCGUAUCACGGAUGCCGCGUUCGCGUCAUAGCGUUUUGCCUAGCGUUUCCAGUCCAUUCCUUUGAUUGUCUAUGUUCCGACUAAACUAUAUAUAUAUGUAUAUUUAUUUAUUUAUUUAUUUAUUUAUUAACUUUACAACCAUACAUAAAAUAGACUAAAAAACUACAUAAUAUGGUUGAAGGUAUGGUCAACAGGACAUGAAUAGCCCCAUAUGAAGACCAACCUUAAUGAAAACAAACUAUAACAAACAUAAAUCAAAGACGAUAACAAAUAUAAAAUUUACAGAAAACAUGACGAAUUACGAACAACAGCUUAAGUUGAAAGAGCGGCACUUAGAACAGAAGGUUUUCCAAGUGCGCAUUCUGUUUACAUCGAAAGAUGAAUGAAUUAGAGAAGAGUAAUGAACAGUUAGUCUGUUUUUAAAGGAGGAAACCGAUGAACUAUUACGAAUGGUGGGAGAGAGAUUAUUCCAGAGAAAGACAAUUCGGUUGAAAAAAGAGUUCCUAAAGAGAGAAGUCCUGCAAUGAUUGACACGAAGCAAGUUGUCCGAACUUGAACGGGUGUGAGACGAGCUGUUUGAAGAAAAAGUGACGAAAGAGGAGAUAUCUAGGUCGAAGAGACCGUGCUGACAUUUAAAAAAGAAGACGAGAUCCUUUAGUUCCAUCCAGUAGGAUAUUGGUAAUAAAUUAAGCUUUUUAAGGCGUUCAGGAUAUGGCAACUCAUAAUCCUGAAGGAUAAAUUUACUAGCUCGUCUUUGAACACCCUCGAUGAUCGCAAGAUCACAUGACGAUCCUUGAGGUGCCCAGAUCUCACUACCAUAAGACAGAUGAGAUCGGACGAGAGCAAGAUAAAGAAGCCUACGGCAGCGAAUAUCAGACAUUUGCGUACAAUUCCUACGAAGAAAACCAAGCAUACGAUUGGCUUUUGCAGUGCAGCUGGCGAUGUGAGGGGACCACUUUAGGUCAUUGCUGAUAACAACACCCAAAUCUACUUGGUUAGCUAUGCUCUUAACUGGAUCGUUGUUAAGAAAGUAGCAAUGAGUUGGAGGGUUACGUUUGCGAGAUAUCCUAAGUAGGAGCGUCUUCGAGACAUUAAAUUUCAUUUUCCAGUUAAGUGACCAGUUGGACAUAGCGUCCAGGUCAAGCUGAAGGAGACCACGAUCAACUGGUGAUCGUAUAGCACGAUAACACUUGCUGUUAUCAGCAAAAAGUGCAACGGUACUAUUAUUGGUUACCUCGGGAAGGUCAUUUACAUAAAGAAUGAAUAAAAGUGGACCUAUUACACUACCUUGUGGCACCCCAGAGGUAACAUUAAGAAAAGAUGAGGAAGCUCCUUCAACGACAACACACUGUUUGCGAUCACGAAGGUAAUCAGCAAACCAGUUAAGAAGUGGACCUGAGAUUCCAAACGAUUUGAGUUUGAACAAAAGUUUGCUAUGGGACACCGAGUCAAACGCUUCAGCAAAGUCGAGAUAAAUCAGGUCUGUUUCCUUUCCAGAGUCAAGAGUACGACCAAGGUCGUGAAGUACACUCAAAAGUUGAGUAACACACGACCUUUGACAACGAAAGCCGUGUUGAAGGUCGUACAAGGAGUUUUCAACAAAAGAAGAAACCUGCCUGAAAAUUAA